GAGCUGUGCUGAGAGAGAGGGAGAGAGAGAGACACGCUGAGUUUUGCUCUUCUCAUCCUCUGGAAUGCAUCAGCUCCUCUAACUUAUCUGUGCAAAGUCAACACACGACUGGAUGCGCACGAGCAGACUCCAAAAGUUACCAUGCGCAUCUAUUUAUAGCAACUCAGCGAAAGAUUUGAGUAACUUUUCCUCCUCUUCUUCUUCGCAGUUUGCUCCUAAACGUUUAUUCAGCAAUACCUGCAAGGAAAAGUGAAGCAGUCCUCUGUCGGGUCUGAGGCGAAUCUCCUGUCCGGGAGACAAGGUAAAGUAACACUGACUCGAGCGCAAUUUUGCACUCUUUUUCAGUGCACGUUUUAUUCGACUUUAAGAUGAAUUAUUUCCCAACUUCAUUGUUUGUAGAAGUUAUAAACUAUCUACCUUGACGCGUGCUGCUGCUGAAUUUCUUUUCUUUUGUGCGCAGUAGCAUCUCCUGCAUUCUCCUCAAAGACUUUUUCAUUUUUUCUCUCUUUUUUUUCUUCUGUGUUAUUGUUUUGCAGCUUUGACUCCAGACUGCGGAGGUCGACAGGGCUGGGAAACCAGUUAAGGAGACUUUUACCUUCCCGAGCACUGGACUAGUGCACUUGAGCGCGGACAAUAUGACGGACAGUAAGAGAGAGGGACGGCUGCUGCAGUUGGCCGUGGCUCUGGUGGCCUUGCUGUCGCUCUGCGCACACUUUGGAAGCUCAGCAGAGGUGGUGGAGACCGGGGACAGCGAGAUGGUGACCAAACAGACCGACUCCAGAGCCAGCAGGGCCAAGAGAAGGGGAGGCACGGACGUCCUGAGAGGGUAAUGUGACCAUGAUAAUCCUCAUUAGUCCAAUUUAGGCACCAUUUCCCCCUUUUUUCCUGUAUGCCCACAGCUUUCAUUUCAGCCUUUUAGUGUGUUGUUUGUCCUUUUUGUUUUGUGGCACAGAGCAGGUGUUUUCAGCUUUAUUUACAUAAACUGAUGAUCAGAAAACAGCUGUGUUUUCUAUUAAUUAUAAUGCAGUCUGAGAGCCAUGGGUGACAUUGUCUGUGAUGGGAAGUUUGCAGCAAAGUUUGAUAAUUAAAUACUGGCAAGACUAUCACAUUCCUGCUGACUGCAAUAAUAAAUGACAUCUAAACAAAGGAGGCCAUUGGUCGUGUGUGGCUGUAGCAGACAGAGAGAGAGAGGGGGGAAGAGAGAGAGGGGGAAGAGAGAGAGGGAGAGAGAGAGACUAAUCCCCUUUCUGGCCAAAAACACCACACCCCAGUUGUGGAUAAAUCACAUCUGCAGCUGUACACAGUGGGUCACUGCUGGAGAGAUUGAGUAUGUGUGUGCUUUGUGUGUGCGCUCGUGUGUGUCUGAAAAAAAAAAAGAGGGUGAGGGAGAGUGAGAGACAGGAGAAAGUGGGGAAGAAAAGGAAAGACAGAGUGUCUGUGUGGAGUGAUGACAGCAAACAGCUGAUGAGGGUCACACAGUAGACAGCUCAAUGAGCCUCCUCCUCAGACAUUUUUAUUUGACAUGCUCCAAGUUAAUUUAUCAGAACAUCUGGCUGCACAGGCAGGAAGUGCAUACAGGCUGCACACUGUGUCACGCUGACUAACCACAAUCAGAAUGUUUCAGAAAUCUGGCAGGUUUCAUUUUUCACCUCAUGUUUCUGGAUGUGGAGUUACUCUCUUUAGAGCAUAUUCUGACCCCGGGGCCACUACAAGCCCAGGAGGGUAUUCAGCAUUCGUGUAGGCCUUUUGUGGACCUGUAGGGGGCAGGAUGGCCCAGGGUUCACUGUCAUGUCACAUGGAAUAUUUUUUACAGGUGCAUCAGAUUCCUUAAAUUACCUCAAGCAGGAAAAUAUUUUCCUUAAAAACAGUAUUUGUCAUCGGGAGGCUUCAGAUACGUGUACGCUCAGUAUCAAGACCCAAAAACUGUGGGUGGAGCACUCAAGUAGAAGUUCAAAAACUGUGCUGCUCAUUACAAAAGCUUUAUGUUGAAGUUUCUACUCAAGUCAAAGCACCUCAGGAAAGUGAUAAAAAUGAACCUUCUGUAUGAAAAGAAAAGGUCUCAGUGCAGUUUGUCGUUGCUUUUUUCUUCAGUGAACAUCACUUCAUUAAAUCUCUAUUAUCAACCAAAUUUUGAAGGAGAAGUAGUUUGUCAUAGUGGGUCUAACUUGGCACUGUUUUGAUCUGAUUUGUAUAGAACUGCAUUUACUGACAAGUCUGACUGACUUUGAACUGGCAAAUUGAUCCACGGACUAUUAUCCUAACUGGUUGAUGGUUUAAUUUGCAAAAUAUUUUGAAAAAAGUGAGAUAAUUCCGUCGUUACCAGAGUUUUGAAAGAGCUCAUUUCACCAAAUGUCAUGCUCAAAAAUAUGUAUUUUUUCAAAAGCAUAAUUAUUCAAAUAAUUCAAAGGAAAAAAAACAGGAACUCCUCACAUUUGGGAGGUUGAUGCCAUGAAAUGCUCCAAAAUGAAAAAUGAUCACAAGGAUAUAGCCAACGAAAUUUCCAUCAGCUGACUGUUUGAUUAAUUGGCUAAACUUUCUAGCUUCUUUAGUAGACCUGCUUUUCUUGGCCGGUUUAAUUUUGAGUUACUGAAGCGGCCAGAUGAGUGUCAUGGAGUAUGAAAUAAAUAAUUCUAAGAGACUUUGUUAGACGGUGAAAGAGAAGAAGCAGAGUCUCUGAAAAAGACUCCAGCAGUGCAAGUAACUGAAAUUUGUACUUGAAUGCAGCACAGAGUAAAAAUUCUCUGCGAUUCCACAUCUAAGAGUAACAUAUUGUAUAGUUUGUGGGUUAAUACCAGGCUUGUUGUAGGUUUGUGUGUCACGAAGCCUGCUGAGACAAAGCUGGGAACUCUCUUCAUGAAUAAAAUGAACUAGCUUCAUAACUAGCUGAACUGUGUAACUCGAUUACUGACCUUCUGAUUCUGUUUUUACAGACCAAAUGUUUGCGGAUCGAGGAACAACGCCUACUGCUGCCCAGGCUGGAAGACUCUGACUGGAGGGAACCAGUGCAUCGUCCGUAAGUGUCACUACUACUUCACUGCUUUUGUGGAUCUAUCCGCUCACCACUGUCACUGGUGCGACUUUCCUUGUCUGGACUAGCACCAUGCUGUUUUUAUUAGAGAUUUCUCAUCACAAAGCGUUAUCCAGCAGACAUGCAAAGUGACAUCAUGUUAUAUUUAUCUAAUUUCCUGGAUUAGAAAAUCUCCAACAGGAUUGUGACUACAGCCAGAUAGACCUACUAUUUUAUUUGUAGCAUAAUGGACUUCUGCGCUUUUUUUGUACUUAGAGCAGCAUCAAAUCUGGCAUUUCUCUGAGUCUGUUAUUAAAAUUAUUAGUCAGACAAGUUAUUAUAAGCAAAUGCAGUGUUUGUUAAAAGCCUCUUUAAAGCCUCUAGAAGGAAACGCUGAGAGCGCCUGAGGCCGAGUCCAGUUUUCCAUGAUGUGCUAUCAUUAAGAAUCUGGUUACAAUUGGGUUAUUUGGUGAAGUAGGUGAGUUUGGAUAGACUUUUCUUUCCUUGGAUCCCAACCAGUUGCUUCUUCAGGUCUAAGCUUAACCAUUUGAUCAUGUUUCAUUUUAAUGUUUUAAUGAGGUCAGAAAGGUCUCAGUUUUGACAAACAUGCUGAAGAACAUGACCUCCUUGAGUGAAUUUACUGCAGUAUUAUCAAUACCUCUAAAAAUCUCAGUACAUACUGUAUGUUUACAUGGAACAAACAUGAGCGUAUGCAAAUGAACUAAAACACCUAAAUGGUUCUGCUGUUGAGUUUGACCCAAAUAUCUUUUUCAACACAGGUGUGCAAAGCAUUUUGUAUAUUUUUCCAUUUCUUUGUUAAUAUGACUCAUUUACGGGUUUCGACUUAGAUUCUAACCACAUGUUUCCAUUGUUAUGUUUUAAUGAGUCUGAUCAACCAAUAGUUUUACAUCGAAGUGAGGCUAAUAGUGGUGACAACAUACUUCAAACAACUGGGAACAACUGGGAUUGGCGAUUAACUUUGGCCCAUUUACCCUGGCAUCCUGGCAGUGGUUUCUUUUUUUCUGUUUUUUCUUUUCCUUGUAUUUCCUCCUUACCUCUACCCCCCUAUCCCCCACCUCUCUCUCCCUCCCCUCCCUUAGCAGACAGGAAGGUCUGAGAGGCUGUAGCGUUGUGUGUGAUUGCAGUCUGGCCGGUCGGCUGGCCGGAUGCCUGUCGCGGCUCUAAUGACAUUGUUUAGCAGUGGGGUUCAGGGAGUAGGGGUCAGUGGCUGGACUCUACCUGAUGGGAGGUUGGGGAAGGGGAAAAUAGUCUGUGGGAAAGAGAACAAAUGAGUGAAAACAGCCCGAACCAACUGAAAACACACACUGGUACACAUCUAUGGCAGAGAAAUACUCAAAGAAGAAAAUAGCUUGAUGCUUUUGCCAAGCAGGCAUCUGUAACUAAACCAUGAUGAGGGUGAAAAAGGAAGAUUUGGCCACAUUUGGAGUGUGGUCUGUUUGAGUUUUGAAAUAUUACAGAUGAGAGUUCAGUAUGAGGUUUAGAUCAUUGCCAAAGUUGUACCAAAUGAAAUCUGAACCUGAAAUCCAAAAUCUGCAGCUGGCAAGAUGAGGAACAACAGAUACAUAACAUGAGUUUACUCCCACGCAAAAAUCACGACAAAUCCAGACACCACAACAUGAGCAGUGCUGUUAUUCCAUCUUGCACCUGACAGAGGACAUUUUUCUGUUGUCUGACCCAGUGUGAUGUUCCCUUUUUGCAGCAAUCUGCCGGAGCUCAUGUGGAGAUGGAUUCUGCUCCAGACCCAACAUGUGCACCUGCCCAAACGGCCAGAUCGCCUCAUCCUGUGGAUCCAAGUCAGGUCAUUAAACAGCACCUCCUCUUUUACCAAUGAGUCAGCUCCUUUGAAGCUCACUAUCAUCAGCAUGAUGGGUUUUAUUAUAUGGUGUGCCUGGAUUGGGUGGGGGCUAGCUGGUACGGGGCCAGCAUAUAAACACGUUAAUGGCAUGAUUUAUGUGAGGAGUGUGUGUUGAAACUCUGUGUUUUUUUGGGAAAGUACCGCCUUGACUACACCCUUGUCUUUGCAUCUUUUUAAUAAAAGAGCCAUAAUCUUAAGAAAAACAUUUCAACAUGCAGAAACACUAAUGACAAGCAGUGAUGGAUGAUAGAUGGCAGAAAAUAUGCAGCUUUUUCAUUUCUUUUCCUCUGCAGUACAAAAGUCAGAGUCACUAAUUGGCUCAGAUUUUUUGAGUUCAGACCACAGUGUGCUGUUUGCAAUUUUUUUUUCUGAAAUUUUCUUCUCCUUGUCAUGAGUAAUGAGAACUAACUAGUGGUACAAAAUAUGAAAUACAUAGCCAAAAGGUCUCCUCAAAACAUCUCUUGAAACUUUCUCAAGCGGAUGAUGUAUGUUGAAAUCAUAUUUCUGCAACUAGCAGUCAGUCUCGUGGGUUGUUGUGUUCUUGUGAGUGUGAGUCAGUUAGCCGUGUUUGUGAGUAUUGUGUGUGUGUGUGUGUGUGUGUGUGUGUGUGUGUGUGUGUGUGUGUGUGUGUGUGUGUGUGUGUGUGUGUGUGUGUGUGUGUGUGUUUUGGAAAACUUCCACAGUAAAUAGCUCCUCCAUGUUGCUUUCUUGCAGCACACAGCGCUUCAAUCCAAUGCGUUCAUCUGUUUGCACACCAUAAAUUUCUGAAGUCAGAGCGUGACUUUCAAAAAAACACGGUUCAGAGUGCAUUUUGUUUAUGUUGUAAAUCUGAUACACGGUGCAUGUUUGUUUGCCCUCAAUGUAACUCCAGCGCUGCUCUGUGUGGGCGUCUGUAUGAUUGUGUGUUUGUAUUUUCUUCCCACAGUUCAGCACUGUAAUAUUCGGUGUAUGAACGGAGGAUCAUGUGCUGAGGACCACUGCCUGUGUCAGAAAGGCUACGUGGGAAACCACUGCGGUCAACGUAAGCAUCUUUCCAAACACAUUACAAGACCAGUAUCAGUGUAUUAUUGAAUAUUAUCAACAUUUUUAAACAUAAUUCACAGUUUUAUCAAGCUAAAAUAUGCUAAAAAAAAAAAUGUAUUUGGUGUUAAUUUUAGCAAUGCUAGUGAGGCUAUGUUGUAAUAGAGAACACCGUAAACAUUAACCUGUGAUACACACCUGUAUUUUAUCAGUACCCCAGAGUGUAUGUUGCUAAGCUAGUGUCAGCACCCAGCUUGUGAUUGAUUAUGGCAAGAUCUGAUAAAAAGUGUGGCAGGGAAAGCUUAGAAGAAUUUCUGAGGAGGCUCACUGGAGAUGUGUCUUUGGGCUCUGGCAACUCUAUGAAGGGUUUCUUAACAUUUCUUCUCAGGAAGUCAAUCAAACAAUUAAAGUGCAACACUACAUGUUAUGUCAGUCAAUGUCAUUGCCAAGGCUGUUCACCCAAUGGAAAAAAUGUCCGUGAUGCACCACAAGUCAAAGCUCACUACUCAUUGCCUUUACAUGUCAGUCAAUCUGUGCAGCUGUUGCUCAGAUGGUCCAGCUUAACAUCCUGACAGGACCUGCUGCGUAACGUCAUGUCAGCUAGUAUUCACGCUGGAAAGGAAGUUAGCGUUCUCUGAAAAAAAUCCAGGAUGUAACUCUUCUGAGGCUUUUUGGAGAACACCAUCUUCUGAGACACUUUCCAUGGUGGUGUUGUGCAAAUAAAAACUACAUCCGCGUCAUACAUAUGUUGCUCAUACCUGUGGAUUUAGACUAAAGUUUGGGAGGUUUGAACUCUGAUAAAACAACCACACAGACAACAAAAAGACAAAGACUAAAAUGUGCACUUUUUCCUAUUUUGAAUGGUUGUGCCUUAACUCAAAAUGUGUCCAAUUGGGCAGCAAAUGGCUUGUUAUCCAAAACCUCCAGGUUACUUAAAAAGCCAGAACAAAUAUGAACUAGAAAAAAAAUAUACAUUUCUUAUUUGUUUCCUACAGUAUUUGGUAGAAAACUCUGAGUGUUUUUGUAAUGUUACUGUCAAUUUAUUUGACGAGAAAAACAUAACAUUCGUGGUUAAUGGCUGACCAGUCACCCGCAGCAAAAAGGAAACAAGAGGAAACAGCCCAGAAAACCAGCGAGGGAUGUUAUCACACACAGAAAGAGCGAAAGAGUGAAAGAGACAUCAUUAAAAUUGAAGAAAGCAGACAGGAAGCAACCACAAACCACAACACGGUAUGGGAUUUGGCAGUGUCAGGGCACUGGAUUUAGUGAACAGAAAAUGCCAUAAAAACAUGCCUUAGGAGGACCAAACUGCUGUUAUUUUCUGCAUCUGCUGGGAUAGACAAAUGAAAGUACAUAUGAUUUAAAUUAUUGGUGAAUGAAUAAAAUUUGAAGUUUAAUGUGGUUUUCACCAGAAAAGUGGGUUUAUGUUUAGACUUAAGUAAAAAUUUUAAGUCUAAUGUUGACUUGACCUGCAACGAAGCUAAUAAGAAUAUCAGUGCUAUGGAGGUGCAAACAACCAUCAACUCUGAAAGACUAUUCUUUUAGUUGCAUUAAUAAAUCAUUUUUAAAUCAAUCAAAAACUUCUUUUAAUCAAUAAUUAGCAUCAACUUGUAUGUGUAGUUGGUAGCUGGGUACUAAGUGGGAUGGACAAGACCACCUUUGCAUCAGGGUCCUGUAUUUUGCGUAACCACCCAUUCACUAUACACUAUCCUUUACUCAACAUCCCAGGGACAAACUUCCUGUUCAACUCUGACCAGGCAAACCUACUGUAGUUGUACGUGCACUGUGUUGCUGUGUAAAGAAAAAUCCUCCCCAGUGUUUUGGGCGUGCUCACAUUUGUUUUUACCUCCAAAAGAAGCAGUUGACAUAAUAUACCCAAACUGUUGGCUUGUCUGCGGCUGCUCUGAAUGACGGCUGCUUGUUUUCUGCAACUUAUUUUUAUAACAAUGUCACCAUGUUCCCAGAUCUCCGCAGAGGAUUUAGUGACUGAAAUGUUUUUACAACCAAUAUAAAUUAUGACCAAAAUGACAAACAUAAAACCAGAAAUACUCUCUUUUUUUCCUCACAGCAGUGCCCUCAUGUUACUGUUUGUCAUUGUUUGUUUUCAUCUAUUUUCUUCUGCAGCGGUUUGUGAAAAUGGCUGCCUGAAUGGAGGACGGUGUGUGGCCCCCAACAGGUGUGUGUGUACCUACGGCUUCACCGGAGCUCAAUGUGAAAGAGGUAACGAGCACCACGCUACAUUACAUAGCAUUUCCCUCACUCAUCUUACAUCACACUGUCUCUGUGCUCUACAUUCCCAACGAGUGAAGUGGUUUUCAAAGCCACAUGUGCUGCUCUUGUGAACGUGACUUGAUGUUGUAUGGCGGUUUGCUUUGUGUGACUGAAGACGACUCGUGCUUAGUCAUGCCGGCAGCUUCAGGAAUGUGGUUUGUUGUGGAACAUUUGCAUGUCAAGCUCAGGCUCAGAAAUGACCAUUGUUUUCCACAUCUGCUUUCGAACAAUGCUUUGGGAAAAGUAAUGCCUGUGACUGUGACUGAUCGCUGUUUGUUAACCAAAGACCUCCCAACCUCUUGUGGUUGCUCUUUGGCACAUGAGAGUAAAAGGCUCUAAAGUAUACAAACACACGCAAACCGAGGGCCGCCUGCGCUGUGUUUGUGAGUCAAACGUGCAUGUAUGGAGGCGUGUGAGCGUGUCUGUCUAUGUAAGUGCUGGGAUCUUAAAGUGAUGACCUGAAGAGGCCAAAGAGGUAACCCUGCAGAGCUAAUAUUUGGAUUUGAAGCUAAACUCCUUAUUAGUUAUGUCCCUCUUAACGAGACCGUGCUUGUCAGAAGCCCGUUAGUGGGGUCUGGAUUUGAGUCUGUGGUCUGGUUUACUUCAGUGUUUUCUUCAACGCUGCAGCUAAUAAGACCCUAUCUGGGUGUUUGGAGGGUUAGCGCCAAGACUUAUCUGUUGGAACACACUUCAACAUGUUGUUACUUUGGUUUCCCGUGGACCCUUUGGCAGAGGGCAUGUGAGACUGAAGCACUUUCCCUUUUCAGCAUGCAGCGUCUUUGAGUCGUUCAAACUCCUCAGAGAACACAACAGGAUCCUCGGAGUAAUUAUCCCUAAUGAGGAAAUGAUGUAUGGGCAAAGAGUUUGACCACAUCUGGUUUGGAAAUUUUGAUUUACUAUGUAAGGUGACAAGCAUGCAAACUGGCCACUCGCUGUCUGCUGCUUUAUGACUGCUACUUUCUCUCCUGCGCUGGUAGAAUUGUCUUUCUCUUUGUUAAACAGGCAUACUUUUUGUUGUUUGCAUCUGUUUUUGCUUGUGUCUGGGAACUCCCUGGAGACCAACUUCCCUCUGUCUUCAUUUGUCCUAACACAGUAAAUAUCACAGGGAAUGAGGCUGACACAUCCAUUUGUCUUUUCAUUUGUGUAUAGACAUAAAUUAGAUAGUUCUUGUGCCAAGUGUAUUAUAUACCAUAGUGUUGAACAUACAAUGAGUAAUGUAAAUAUGACUUAAUCCAUUUUUAUUUACAUAGCAACAAGAGUUAUUCCAUGGUACUUUCCAAAUAUAUAGGUCCCCUCACUCCUUGUGAGGUCUGGCUUAUGUAUGGAUAAUUACUCAACUAAUCAAUAAUGAUGUUCCAGAAAAGGGGGCAGUGACCAUUUACCAUUGCUGAUUAUAGUGUCAUUCAAUUUAUUCAUGCUGUUGCAUCCUUGAUUGGCUGACAGGGAAUAACAUUCACAACAUUCACAUACCUUACUCUAGCAGUCCCUAACAGUUAUUGUAAGUGCAAAAUGAAAAAUGGUGAGUUUUUACGUUUUAAAGUGAAAGAGCUAUCUGAUGUUAAAGUGUUUUACAAGGGAGAGCUCAUAAGAAGGGUUGCAGUGAUCACAGACUACUAAUCUCAGCAACAGGAAUGCUAAAUGCCAUCUUGGUGGAGGACAUCCUUCAGCAAAUCAAGAUGAUUAGGACAGUGAUGAAGAGAACGUGUCCCUUAUACUUCUUAAAUGAGGAAUGACAAUUAGCUCCUUUUGUCAGGUGCUGUGUGUCUUUGGCUAACAUGAGCAGCAGCUGGCAGGCAGCUGCUAGGUAGUAUAAAUUUGCUGUGAUGCUAUGAUUUUGUAAAUCCACAGAUACUUUUCAAGGAUUUUUCAUUAACGCCCUUGCAAGGAUUUAAUCGUUCUACCCUUAUACCUGUAGUACUGGGUGUUGCAAUUAUACACCUUGUCGAAUCUGUUUUUGUUUACCAUUUUUUCUCCUACUAAAGAUAUUCCAUCAUCAUCAGCAUUAGCUUGCUGCUAAUUGUUGUGAGCAUUAUUUAAAAUUAGGUGGUAUAAUUGAUCAAACCUUAAAUCUUUUUUUAAAAUUUAACGAGACCCACAAGAAAGAAGAAAAAAACCUACAAUAAAUGGGCUCUGCAAAUGUAUCCAAAUCCACUCUUCAUCCUGCAUUUGAUUACCCAGAGAGGUAGAGAAAGUAGGCCAAGGGAUACAGUGGCGUUUUGGGUUAAGUUACUUCCAGUGGAAUUUCCUUGGCCAGGAUCCACCACAUCCCAUGGGAAACCCAUCAUGCUUUUACACAAACACAUGCACAUACAUUAAGUACAUGCACAACCCCUCACUGUUUUAAUGCAAUUUGCAGAACCGUGCCCCAUUAUGGCUUGAUCUUAUCACAUUAGCAGAAACACGAGGUAUUCCACAAACACGUGACCUCACCAGGGGAGACGUAGCUGCGCUCAGGAGGUUCUCUUGGAUGUGGAAAUACCCUGGUGCUGUCGAGGCUUACUCUGUGCACACAUCACCACUGCAGAGUAGCAUGCUGCCAAAUUGACUAGGGAUCUGCUGACCAGUUGUCCUACAACCAGGCACAGCUGACUGCAGUCAAAAAAAAAUGCAGCCUGGUUCAUCAACAUGUUCUUUGUUGAUAACAAAUGAGAUUUGGGUUGGAAUGUCAGGUCGAGAGAUUCAGGCACACUGUUGCUGAUUGUACUUCUUUUCGCUCUCGCUGCAGAGUCAUUUAGCUGUGGAGCAAUAAAGUCGAGCCUUCAGUGUGACGCCAUUGCACUUGGGAUAAUGGUGAAAGUCUGGCCUGAAAUGAGGCUACUUGUGAGUUCCUCAGUCGAUAAGUCAGCAGCCAGAGCAUAAUAGGGAAGUCGGUCAGUCAGCUGAGGGGCUCUCUUGUCUCUUCAUGCCUCGCUGACUUUCCCCUAUCUGGCUCUGUUCUGGCCCAAUGCAAACCUCAGUAGAUAUAGCUAAAUACAGUAUGUGUGUCAGUGUGUAUGUGUGUUUCAAGUGCAGUUGAACUCAUUAGUCCUGGGAGAAUGAAGAAAUCUGCAGACAAGCCAAGAGAGAAGGCCGCACCCAGAUAUGAGACCCCAUUACAGAUGCACACUAACAUACGCAUACAUGGAUGCAUGCGAACACAGAUUACGUGUAUGUAAAGGUAUGUAAGGAUUCUGUGAGCAACAUCUGCAAGGGUUAGUUGGAGGAAGGGUGGAUAUGGGAAAGGUGGAUAGAAUUUUUUGCGUGUGUACAAACAUUUUGGAGCUAAUCCAGGAAGUCCUUUUGACCCACUUCCCAAUGGGCUUCCCUCCCAUUCGCAUUAAGGCCGUCGGUUUGCAUAUAGUCAUUCCUAUUGGGCUCUUAAGGUAACUACACCUUUGCACAGACAUGAAAUCACUUGCUGUGGAGGGUCAAAACAAACUGCUCACCUCCAUAAUAUGACCUAUUUGUUUUGAAAGGACAAAAACAACAAGGAGGCAUGUUUACAAAAGUAGAGCAGAGGAUGAGAAAAAAACAAGGGCAACAUUUUUGUAUGUUUUGUUCUGUUUUGAGAUCAUCUUUGGAAAGGCUGCUUAUGAGGGGCUAGGACAUUGGCUGCUGUUCUUUCUGUGUGAGUGUGUCGAAGUGCAUUUGUGUGUUAACACGUGCGAUUUCUCCCAGAUGUACAGGACAUGGGUGGAUACCCCAGCUGUAUGCUGUUCACAGAGAGACAGUGAGAUGACAGAUGAAAUGACACCACUUUCACUCAACAGCUGUCUGCCGCUCCCUGUUUACCUCAGCUGACUGUUUGAGUGCUGUGGUUGAAUUUCCUUCACAUCAUGUUUUGAUAUUUGUUUCUAUGAUGCUUUCUUUCCUCAACUAACAGCUGUGAUAAGCAGUUGAUAUGACAGAUGGAUUAUGUGUCAAAUCAAAUCCUCAAUCUGAUGAAAAGAAAGCAUGUUAUUCACUCAGUUGUCUUGACUUUGCUUAUAUGGCUGUCAUUUAAAAAACCUAUAUAUAGCAUAAUUACUUUUCCUAUGGACAAUGCAUACCUGUGUAAUUGUGAGUAAGGCACUCAGUGCAGUCUUUCAGGAAAGUCACUCGGUCACUGGUCAGAUGUGUCUUUGCCUUUUAAAGGCAAACUGUGGCAAAAACUUGAGAAAGCCUACCUGAAGUUUUAAACAUGUAGCUUUUACUUGAUGAUAUUUUGUUUUAAAAGUUUCAGUGUGAUUUCAUUAUUAUACAUUUAUUAAGAUCUUAAUAGCUGAGUAAAGGGAUUUGAUUUGAGCUUAGUUUCAGCUCUCGAGCUAAAGCCAUGUGGUAGCAAUAGCAAAGUCAUUGUCAAGAGGUCAGGUGGGCUCGUCACACACCUGCGACCUCUAUUUCUGCCAAUAAUAUUGUUUUUUUUAUCAUUCACAAACUUUCACAAAUCUCUCUGGUUAGCACUCCAUGACAUAAGCAGGUGCUUAGUUAGCAUAUGCCUUGGCCAGCUCUUGGGCCAACCAACGCCCAACAGAAGCCCAAAGGUUACUGUAAUUUGCUGAAUUAAGAGUAGUUUAGCUCAAUUAAGCACGUGAAGGGUGCAGAAUUUUCAAAAUAUUUUUUCUAAGCUAUGUUUGCUUAACUGAGCAUAGUUCAGCCUAAUUUAGCAUGUAAACUGGAAAACAAGAGGAAACUGUUAGCCCAGCUCCAUCUGUAAGGUAACAAGUCUACCACAAAUGUACAUUUAAUUUAUUGGUAGCAUAAAAACUUUUAAAUUGAGGCUGACUGAAAACAGAAGUAGGCUAAUAUUCUGGUUUACAGUUCUCUAACUGCUGUUGGUAAGUAACCGCGUCAUUUACAGGGUUUUAACUUUUAAUUAAAUAUUGUAAGAAACCAAAUCAGCACACCUUUAUUAUCUGGCUCCGUUUAAGUGUCUAAUAAAAUAAAGUAUUCCCCUUUGAAAUAUUCCUUAAACCGCUUGGUUAGUUUCCAUGCUGGUUUAGAGAGCGAUGUGGGCUAAUGCUGUGAAGUAUUGGGUCUCUGGUGUAGUCUGAGCAGGAGAGAGUGCGAAAGAGAAGCAGAGAUGACCCAGUUCUGUUCACACAGCGCUGGUGCCAGAAGCAGGGAGACCGUGGAGGCUGUGGUGCACGUGACGGGUCUGGGCUGGGCCCCGGUCCACACGGGAAACGCACAAUGUCUCGUUUGUUUUAAACAACUGCACUGUUGGAACUGGUCUCUCUCUUUCCUCUCCCUGUCUGUUGUCUGCCGUGAAAUGUGGAAAUGAUUUUUGCUUUUGGAUUUUGGCCAGAUUCUUUUGGGAGGGAUGAGUUUCUCCCUCUCUCCCCUUUUUCUCUGUUCUUAUAUCUGUUCCACCAUCUACGGUUUCUUCAGCUGAUCAGAUUUUGUGAUUUUGUUAAAAGUGUGGUGAGUUUGCAAAUAAGAAGUGGUGUUUGGAGAGAGUAAGGAGAUACAUGUAUGCAAGCAGUGGGAUCAAGGGAACGAGGAUUAAAAGUGUUGCAAGAGGAGGACAUGGGAAGGAGCUGAGGGACUUCCCUCUGAACAUUAAGUUUGAUUUCAGUGAGAAAUUAAGUUUUGAUACUUAGCUGCUGCAGUCAGUGUUGAAAUCAUGGUGGAAAUCACCCACUGUGAUCCAUGGACACACCCUGUCAGUCAAACUCUGCUGGCCUUAAGAAUAACUUAUUCUCUACUUUUCUCUUUUUAUAACUGGAAAAACAAUGAGAAGCACCACACAACAAAGAACAGGUCAUUAAAAAAGGAUGACCCUAUAAUACAUGAAACACACUGAUUUGUCAUUGUAUGUGUCUUGGCGUAUUCUAGCUUGUGUCUCUUAAUCUUCACAGCCGCCCACACAAUGUUAAAAAGUUUCCCAGACCCCUCUUCUGUUCACACACACACACACACAGACAUAUACACACAGACAAUGCAAAGUAAAAGUCAAUUUGAGUUUUCUGUUUGUCCAUGCCAAAGAAAGCUAUUCACUCGCAGAAUCAAGAUCAGAUCUCAGGCUUUUCAGCUUUGGCUUUAUUUGUGCUCAGUUUCAUGUCGACACGUUUCAAGAAUUAGCAUUUUUCAGAUCUCUCUCUCCUCAGUUUCUUUGUUUUCAGUUUGUCAAACCUUGAUGUUUAGUUUUCCAUUUGCACUCAAACAAAGAGACAAAGCGAAGUUCUUUUCCAGAAAAUGAGCUGUUUCUUUGCCUCUGCAGAUUACCGCACUGGGCCGUGCUUCGCCUCGGUGAACAACCAGAUGUGUCAAGGCCAACUCACAGGCAUUGUGUGCACAAAGACUUUGUGCUGUGCCACAGUGGGACGGGCGUGGGGUCACCCCUGUGAGAUGUGCCCUGCUCAGCCUCACCCCUGUAGAAGAGGGUUCAUACCAAACCACCGCACCGGAGCAUGCCAAGGUAAAGUCUGUUUCUCAGCAUCUCUGUCUCUCUUUAUGUUUUUGUCUCUUUUCUCUCUCAACUAUAGAACUCCAUGCUGUUUCUCUUCUCUUUCUGUUUAACUCCUUCUCUCUUUAUGUCUGCUUUCAAUCCUCUCCCUCUGUCAUCCCCUCAUCUCUACCCAUCAUCCCCUCUCCAGAGGAUUAGUUCUAAUUGGGUUAAAUUGGGGUGGGUGGCAGUGCCUCCCACAUGUGUAUGGAAUGCCCACAGAUACCCGCUGUGGCAGGACUGUCAGAGUCAGUAACACGGGUCAGUGGCGGUGCCACGUGGGAGAGCUCAUUUCUGGUGAGAUGGCUCUCGGCCUGCCUGCCCCAGACCCAACAACAUCUGCAGGGGAGAAAGACCAGAGCCAGAACCAAGAGGAACAUGCAGUACUCGAAGAAUGCUUUAGGUCACUGCCUCCUGGAGGUUUUCAGUUUCAGACCUGCGUUUUUAAAAUUCAUUGAAUAGAUUUAAGUUGACCCACCAAGUCACAGAUUUCAUCGACAAUCGAAACUAUGACUGUAGAAUUUUUCCAUAUGUACGUUCCUUCCUCUAUAUGUCCUUUCCUGAUUCAACUUGGUUUUUAUUUCUGUUCCUGCAGAAGACAUUCAUGAACACACCAUGUAGGUUUGUGUGUGUAUUGCUGUCUUUGCAAUGUGCUGAUUUUUUCCCCUCUAAACUGUCAUUUUUCUCCAUUCCUACAUUAAAGGAAUGUGUGCAUACAUGUGCUAAAGUGUGUACUUAAAUUUGUUUGCUCUGUGUUUACAGAUGUGGAUGAGUGCCAGGCCAUCCCUGGUAUCUGUCAAGGAGGAAACUGUAUCAACACAGUGGGAUCCUUUGAAUGUAAAUGUCCUGCUGGGCACAAGUUCAACGAGAUCUCCCAAAAAUGUGAAGGUAAGAAUCAAGCCAGCAGCUGCCAGGCCAAAGCUGUGAAAUGUCUGAAGUUUAGCGUUGGUUCAAUGAUAGAGCAGACUAAAAAAGAUUAUUUUCAAAGUUCCUAAUUAACAAUAUGGAAGUCCGUAUAAAGCCACAUCCGUCUAGUUGUGGUUAACUUCACCUCAGUCGUGGUUUUUUGAUUAUUACUUUGAGCAGAGACCACACAUAAGCCAUUUUGCCCUUCCCUUGAAAUGCAUCAAUUUAACUUAAGCAUUGCUCUGCUUUUUCUCAGUAAUCCUGUGUAACACCUAAUUGUGAUGCUUGAAAGAAAUGUUUCAUCCUGUACCUUGUAGGAUAUGUGAAAGAGCCAGACUGUAUAACCUCUGAAAGGGGAAGUAACUAAUUCUCUCCUUUCAAAUUAAAAUGUAUGAAACACCCAUUCUAUGAUGCAGAAGGUUUUGCUGUAGAUGCAGGAGUGAUUAUAUAUAUUAUGUCAUUUUACUAAUGUUUACUAAUGUAACUUUUUUAGUGGCACCUCUGCCAAAUGUGGAGGAGUUGUAAAAGUUAAGUUUUACUAACAUCUAACAGGACUAACAUCCUUUUUGCUUUACUGAAAAUUAGGUUGAGUCAGCAUCCCCAGUAUGGCUUCAGUCGCUGAUAGGCUUUAAACUUUACUUAAGAAACCAAAUGUGUCAAUACACGAUAAAGAUUAUGUCCACAAGUUGUUGUAAAAAGACAUUUCUCCUUCAAUCAUGGAUCUCAAUUAUCAGCUUCUGUCCGGCUCACAGAAUCGUUAGAUCAUAAUCUUUCUCACUUGAUGCAUGUGGCCACUGAGAGUCGCAAUAUUUUUUAGUGUUUCUGGCUGACAAACCUUCAAUACGUUUCUUUCUCACUGCAACACGUCUGUUUUACCGCACAGAGGCCGACCGUUAUUCUGUGAAAAAAUAUCUGCUCAUUAAGACAUGUAUAUGACAAUUUCCAGACCAAGUUAAAACUCAGACUGUGCAGAGUUUUGUGGCACCCAUUUGAAGAGUAAAAAAAAUACGCUAUUUUAUGCCCAGAAAUAAUUGCAGGAAAACUUCUGGACUGUGUAAAAGACUUUUCAGAUGGGUAUGGAUUACAGAGAAUUUCUGAACAGGCUUUAUGCAUGAUGAUUUUCACUUAACCACGCUAACAGAGGAACAGCAACAGAGGCCCCUGAUAAAAUAUCCUGUGACAAUUCCCCAUUUCCAUUAUCACUGCCAACAAGUGCUCCUGCCACUCUCUGGGAACCUCACAGUCAAAGUGUUGUUUUUGGUUUUAAACUGUGCUUUUCAUCGACAUUCGUGGUUUAUAAGAAACAACAAACACAAAGUAAUCUCUGUUUUUCUCAUUUUUUUCCCUCUCUCGUCUUUUCCUGUAGAUCUGGAUGAGUGUUCAAACAUUCCUGGUCUCUGUGGUGUAGGUGAAUGCUCUAAUACUGUUGGCAGCUACUUCUGCAAAUGUCCUCAGGGAUAUUACACCUCUGUGGAUGGAUCCAGGUGCAUAGGUGAGUGCUCCUUGGAUGGCCGUGUAUUUGCUUUGGUUAAUCGUUACGAACAUAGAAAAAUAAGACACAAACCCGAGGAGCACAUACGCUUUCCUUUUUCCACCCCAUUUUGGUUCUUCUAUCUUUAUGCCUGGCACUGACAGCAGGAAGAACUGAAGUGUUUCCAGCGUUCCAGCUGGUAGAAUUUAGGUCAGUAGUCACUUGCCUGUUUCCACAACAAUGAGCUAUAUUCUCUUAAAAGUCAGAGAACGUGAUGAGAGGAGUAGAGUUCACUUCUCAAGCUCAGCUUACAAAAAAAAUUUAACUUCAUGGUUAGAAAAAUCGAAGUUUGUGCUCAUCUGUUCUAUCAAAGUGUAGAGUUAAGUGUGUUUCUUGUCUGUCACUGAGCAGCCCACAUCCGGGGAAGUUGAUAACAGUGUAUUUAUUCACACACUUAAACACAGACACACAAACAGUCACCAGAAAUGCCUGUGCAGCUUGCAAGUUCAGCUCAGCUUGACCCAAAACAGACUAGGUAGGAAUUUGGGUCAGAACAGUCCGCUAAAUAUACAUGUACACCCUCGCAGGGGCAUGCAUACACACAUUCACACAGCAACAACAUAUGCUAUCACACACACACACACACACACACACACACACACACACAGCCACAUGACCCCCCCAGGAGAGGAUGUUAGUGAGGAAAGAAUGUCUGAGUCUUUUGCUCCAGAAAACUGUUGCACAUAACAGUCCGGCCCGUUUUCCAUGCAGCAACACUAAAAUAUUGACAUCUAUGCUGGCCCCUCAAGGGCUGACUGAUAGUCCUCCAGCUAACUCUUUGCUUUCCUUACAUCUAGUGGAGCUUAACCAAGCAAUCAGCACUGAAGCCUGUCAGUUUCUCCAUGUCAAUAUACUGGAUGGGCUUGGUGUGAAACAAGACAUGAUAUAUUUAUGUUAACAAGGAACCCGAGUGUUAGUCACGCUGGUGCUCAGUGCCAGAAACUGCAGGAUGCAGGAAAGGUUCUCAUAAAUAGGAAGUGAUGACUAUUUGAAGUGGCUUCCAUCUUUCAAAUGAUGGAAAGUCUGAAACUAUGAUGACUACUUUUUGAUUGUACUCUUGCCAAUUUGCUCAACAUGCAGACAACACAUGUUAUAUUCCAAACAAAGGGGUUAGCUUAGCUGACGCCAUGCUGUGUUGUUUCCCACAGAUGCUCGUGGUGGGUACUGCUAUGCUAGCCUGCUGAAUGGGCGCUGCGCCAACCAAAACUCACAGCUGUUGACCAAAAUGCAAUGUUGCUGUGAUAGUGGACGCUGCUGGUCUGAUGGGUCAACCCCCGAAAUGUGCCCCAUUCGUGGAACAGGUGUGGCUCUCACCAUCACAUGGCUUUAAUGACUAAUUUCCAUGUUGUAUGUUUGUCUCACCGUAAGACUUGCCUCCCAUUGUUUUUCCUAUGUACUCAUCAUAGAGGAGUACCAGAAACUGUGCAUCCAGAUACCUGAUGGAAAUGGAGGGUUGGUACCUGGUCGUGUCCCAGGAGGCCCAGAUCUUCCCGGCAUCUACCCUGCUCCAUAUCCAGGUCAGACACCUGGGCAGGGCCCCGGCCAGGUGCCUCAGAUUCCCAUCCUUCCAGGCCAGGGCCCAGGCCACGGCCCAGGUCAAGGACCUGGUCAGUAUCCAGGACAAUUUCCAGGACAAUAUCCACAAUUUCCAGGACAACUACCCUUACAGCCUCCUCCAUCAGGUUAGCCUCAUCUAAUUUUCUCUCCUUUUUGUUUGGUUAAUGUUCACAUUAAAAAGGAUUUCUUAAAAAUUUGGUGUGUGCCAUAUCCAAGAAGUCACACUACCCACUGUGACUUAAUGGACUUGCAGAGCUCGACUCCCCGCUGGUAUUGGGUUUCCAUGUUUUUCCAUGUUUUAAGAUCUCAGUUUUGUGCAACCACAACAGCCCACACUCUCCAGCUAACAAACUAAUUGUUGAAGAUGGAAAACUUUGACUAAGUCUGAUUGUUUUCUGAUGCAGGUCUCUUAAUUCUGUGAGUUGCCACUAACAUAUCCAAAGCUCAUGUGCAGGAAAUUUCCUUUCUGAAAGAAAACACUCUUGCAUACUUUUGUAGACUAGACCAUGUCCAGAGGUAAAUUGGCCAUUUUCAAAAUUUCUUGCAACAACAUUUCCUCUGAAACUAAAGAAACUUGGCUGAUUCUCUGCUGGAAGCUCAAGCGACUCUGAGCUGUUUUUGUUCAGAUCUGUGUGACAGUAGAUCCUGUCAGGAACAGAUACAUUUUGGAUGAAAUGAGCUUGGCAUGCUUUUGAAAUGCCAUUCUGCUUUUUUGGGCAAUUACACUGAUAAAUCUUCUCAACUAUUCUGUAUUUCUUACAAUGUGCCUUUUUCAGCUGAGUAAAAAGAUCUUUAAUGUAUUUUAAUGGAUGCAGCUCCUGACUUAGGAAUGAUAUAAAUCAAAGAUGGGGACUCGGGUUUGAGUUGCACACGGACAUGACGUCUUGCUUGACUUGGACUCUGGCUUGAUUUGUGGAUAGUUUUUUAUUUUGUAUUUCUGAUAUGUGUGUGUAAAUGUUUGUUAGGUCCAUUUAUUAUUCAAACCCAGAACAUCACCAACAUGUGCCAAGCCUACCGCAACCUCUGCCUGAAUGGCAGGUGUAUCCCCAUGCCAGGUGUUGGGUACCGCUGUGAGUGCAACAUGGGCUUCAGGUUGGAUGCGCGAGGAGAAUGCAUUGGUGAGUUUCAAACUAAGAGAGAGAAAACUUUUUACAGAACUAAAGAAAGUUGAGAGCUUUACGUGUCUUUUUCCAGAUGAAGAUGAAUGCGAGAGAAACCCGUGUGCUCAUGGAGAGUGUGUGAACACGCCUGGCUCUUACAUCUGUCAGUGCCCUCCUGGAUUCCAGACAACUGCAACAAGAACAGAGUGCCGAGGUUACAUACACAUGCACUGACAGGCACACACACACACACACACACACACUUUAAGAGGAUGUAUGUGUUUAAUGAGCUAUCUGUUUAUUUCGACUAGAUCUGGAUGAGUGUGUGGCCAAUGGUCGAAUCUGCAACAAUGGCCGCUGUGUGAACACUGAGGGCAGCUUUCACUGCGUCUGCAAUGCUGGCUUUGAGAUUUCAUCAGAUGGGAAAAACUGUCAAGGUCUGUCGAGUUCUCCAUUUUUAAAGAGUAGUUCUCUGUCAUGAUGUCAGUGUGUGUAAUGUUCAUGUUUAAUGGACUGUGGAUCUCUUAGAGUAGGUGAUUUAAUAUCAAUGCCCGCUGAAGGGGUAUGCUGUCAUAAUCAUAAGUUUAAAUAGUCAUGCUGGUUUGGUGUGUUUCACCCCAUAUAGUGCAAUAGAUGAACAUUUUUACUACUUUUUUCCAAAGGCACCUUUGAUGGGAAUAUUUACUUCUUUCCUUGCAGGCAUCCAUACAUUUCCAUUCUUAGAUUUUGCUUUAAAGCAUUGAAAACUUGCUCAUCUGUUUACCUUGCAUUUGGUAGGUUGUUAAUCAUGGAACAUCUUCAUCCAUCCAGUUCUUUACUUUCAGAAAGUGAAAAUCUCACAUUCACAGGCAGUGAUUUUCCAGUAGUGGAGCAAAGACAAGAGCCAGAGUUUGAACUUCUCUCUGGCUCCCGAUUUCUUUCUGUCACAAUUAAUUGGAAACCAGAGAGUGCAAUAUUAAACAUGCUCUCAAGAAAAGACCAUCUGAGGAUAUGCUCUUAUCCCUAUGUUUCAAAUCGAUUUUUAAGUAUUGAUACCGAGAUUCGGACCAAGAUUCCCAAAGUUGGCUGUAAGAAUCUCUACAAAAACUCAUUCUGCUCUAACUUACUCUUGUGCUUUCUCUCAUUAUAGUGCAGUCUUUAGACAUGGAAAUAAAGUUGUUGGCAUGAAGUAUAUUGAAGAUUGCCUGUUGUUUUGCUCAGGAAUGUUUCAGGAUCCAAAAUUACUGAGUUAGCCGCUCAAGAGUAACAUUUUCCCACAAAGUUGCUGAUUUGUUUUUUUAAUGCUUUGUCUUUUGGACUUGAUUUCAUGACAGCAUUUGUAGCUCAUCAACCAGUUUUUAUUUGCGGUAUCCUUGAACUGGUUUUAAAAGCUGUCUUUGCUAGAAACUUUAUGUUUCAACUCAGAAGUAUGACUGAAAUAAGGCAAUCAUGCCCUCUAAUGAUCUUAUUGUUAAGAAAACAUGAAUUAAAUGUGUUGUUUGUGGGCUAGACCGUGCAAAACUUCUACUUUGGCUUCCCUUUUUCCCUUCUUUUUUGUUUCUUCAAUAGACCCCCUGUUGUGGGAUAAGUACAGGGUUGUGUUAUCUUAUCUUAACCCCUGUGUUUAUUCACUCUCUGCACUUUUUUGUGUGAUCACAGACCAGGAUGAGUGUCUGAUCAGGAACAUGUGCCUCAACGGCCUGUGUAUCAAUGAAGACGGAAGCUUCAAGUGCAUCUGUAAACCAGGAUACUUGCUGGACACCAGUGGACGCAUGUGUGUAGGUGUGUUUCCCAGAAAGCCUGCAGACAUUCUGACCAUCAGAAUCAUGUCUUUACACCACCAGAAUAUACUCUGAGUCAGUUGUUAUUUGUCCUGUAUUUUUAGCCAGCUAAUGUCUCUGUCAUGUUUGUGUUUCUAUUAUACGAGUAUUACAGAAAGAGCCAGAAAUCCCCUUGAAAACCUCAGCAAAAUCUCUCAGCAUCCUGGCAGGCCAGCUGAACAUGCAGAAAGAUGGAGCCAGCCUUUUUUUUUUUUUAGAUUCAAGCAGGCAGCCCUCCCUUAACUUGUUGAGCACAAAAAAACAACAAAAAAGACACCUUUCUUAUAAAUUCAAAGAACUUCUUAAACCAUUACCAUUAGAAUAAUCAGCUUUAUUCAUUUUAAAGUAGUGUCUUAAUCAAGAACCAACAAAAUGUGUUUUUCAGUAUGGUAUUUGUCACAGUAUUGCUCCACAUAGCUGUACAUACAGACGCUUGAUCUCUAAGACACUGACCUGGUUUAGUCAGAGCAGAGUAAAUAAAGCAGGGUGCGGGUGAAGUGUGCUGAUGUAUGCAGUUAUUAAUGAUUGUGUAGUCUGAAAGGGGCCCCAGGGCCUCUUUAUUCCUAUCUGUUCUGCAGACACACCCACACAGAACAGAAAACUGUAAUAUGUUGAUGUCCUAUCUUUGUUUGCACUCAUGAUUAUUAUUUUAGAUUGAGGGAAAGUAAAAAAAACAUUUGUUUAGUUUAGGCUGUAAAACUGAAGCGCUGCAGCAGUGUUGCCAAAACUUUUAAUGAAACAAGAACCUAACACUUAGUCACCAAACUGUUAGCAGGAAGAAGGGUGGUUUUAUUGAUCCUAAUUCCUGAGCAGUCAUUGUCAGAUGAGGAAUGUAUUAAUAAAUAAACAAAUAAAUAAUUUUGCUGCAAUUUUUGUAGACAUCGAUGAGUGUGACACUCCAGGCAUGUGUAUGAACGGUCACUGUGUCAACACCGAGGGCUCUUUCCGCUGUGAGUGUAUGGCCGGGAUGGCUGUUGGCCUGGACGGACGUGUCUGUGUUGGUGAGUAAUUGUAUCUUGAAAUGCGCUGAUGUGUUCACUUGACUCUCUAUCAACCUAGAAAGUUGAAUUUCUUUUACCAGUUUUUCUGAAUGCUUUCUGAUUCGGCACAAAUAGUAAACAUUCUCAGUUUUAUCCUUCAUGAUUUGUCUGACAAAUAAUUCAAUUCACUGCUUCGGGAACAAGCUAGUGCUUCCAGCUGUUUCUUAUGAGCACACAUGCUAGGGUUUAAAAUGACGUCUCUGAUCAGACAAAGCUUUCGUCAAAAUGUUUGUCGCAAUUUGCUCGAUUUAAUCCCACAGCUGUCUGUUUAUUUUAACUAGAACCUCAGCACAAAUAUUUUCCAGUUCAGUGAGAAGUUGAGCUAAACUGAAGGUGACAAAAUGACACUUUAAUAAACUCUAUCACAAACAUCUCAUCCUGUUUACCUGUUACAAACACAUGCUAACGUUCAUUAGUCAGCAUGUUUUGAUCAGUAUUGAUAAAUAUUUUCCUGCCUUCAACCUCCUGGUCUGGCACUCAGGGAGCGAUUCUGUUUAUGCCUUUAUUUGCAGCAUUCUUGUAGACCCAUAAAUGUCAAUUCUUUGUCUAUUGUGUGGAGAGUGUUAAAACCCUGUUAUUCACUCUGGGUGAGUUUUCUUCAGGAUGAUAUCAGCGCAGGAGAAUGCCUCAAAUCCCAGGAUAUAAUGGAGGGAGAACAACCAUUUGUUUUGCUGGUGUUGUUGUUUAUUGGAGCUCUGGUCCCUUUCCUCCUCUCUCUUUUUUUUUUGCUGUGUCUUUACCCUCUUUCCAGAUCUCUUCGCUUCAUCCGGGUUUCUGCAUUAACUCUGUCUGUCUUAUUUUUCCCAAAACAGACACACAUAUGCGCAGUUCUUGUUAUGGUGGCUACAAGCGAGGGCAGUGUGUUAGGCCUUUAUUUGGAGCUGUGACCAAGUCGGAGUGCUGCUGUGCCAGCACAGAGUACGCCUACGGAGAGCCCUGCCAGCCUUGCCCACCACAAAGCUCUGGUACGACUAUUCACAUUACUCCACCCUGCUGAUACAUAUGGAGCGACCUCCUGCUGUUUGAUACACAAAUACACUCUCAGUAUAAAGCAGCCCGAUUUUAAUUCAAAACACACCUGCCAGAUGAUGACAAGAUCAAGUGCCACGAAAUGGUUCAGAUUAAAACAUGACAAAAAGGCGGUGAAGCAGUCAUGGCUUGAGUGUUUGACAGAGACAUUGCCUGUGCUCACACAAACAAAUACACUCAUACAGCGCCCACUCAUUUCUCAUUAGUCCUGUAUGGAGACUGAUGAGAAAACAUGAACAUGCUGUCACUCGAUUCCUCCUGAAAUAUCUCAUUGCUGUUUCUGUCUUUAUUGACCAAAACUGUGCUAUUUUGUGUUUCAUUGCAGCUGAGUUCCUGGCUCUCUGUCCCAAUGGUGGCGGCAUAACUGGCGAUGGAAGAGGUAAUAAAAGCAAGCGUAUCAUUUGGGUUUUUCAUUGAUAUUAAAAUGAACAUGUUGCAGAAACCAAAUAGUUAAAUCAAAGAAAAGUGGUCAUUACUAAAGGUGUUUUCCCUCCUGUAAUGUUCUGUCUUUUCAGAUAUAAAUGAGUGUGCCCUGGACCCUGACAUCUGCCAGAAUGGGGUGUGCGAGAAUAUGUUGAGGACAUACAAAUGCACCUGCAAUGAAGGCUUUGAGGUCGACCUGACAGGCAAAAACUGUGUUGGUAGGUAACACUGAGAUAUGAUGUCCUCACGCUCUCAGCAAAUCAAGGUAUUCUGUCGUCAUUUUAAAAGUCAGCAUGAGGGGAUUCACCGUGUUUACUCAUUUUUCUCUAGAUAUCGACGAGUGUCUGAUGAACAGGCUGCUGUGUGAAAAUGGUCUGUGCAGAAACACUCCUGGCAGUUUCACCUGUCAGUGUCCCAAAGGAUACCGAUUUGAUCCUGAGACAGACGUCUGCGAGGGUCAGAAACUCCUUCAUCCUGUUGCACAUUAUUUUAUUCAAAUGAUGAAAGAUUGGCAGUUUGAUUAAAAGAAAGAAGGGUAUCUUUUUGUCUCAUAUAGAUGUGGAUGAAUGUCUGUCCAACCCGUGUAUUAAUGGAGAGUGUAGGAACAGCCUCGGGUCCUUUGUGUGUUUGUGUUCAACGGGCAGUACGCUGGACACCACUGGGCUGGAGUGUAUCGGUAAGUGUUGUUUGAAUCUCGAAUUGUAGGCAAUCAUAAAAGCAGAUAUUCCAAAAUCCAAUUCUUGGAUUAUUUAAGUUAUUGUUUGAAAGAUCAACUAUGACAACAGUAACUUUGUAUGACAAAUAAAUAAUCAUAAAAGCAGAUAUUCCAAAAUCCAAUUCUUGGAUUAUUUAAGCCAUUGUUUGAAACAUCAACUAUGACAACAAUAAAUUUGUUGGAAAAUAUUGUUGUGCACUGUUAUGAGUGAGUGUCGCCUCUUAGCGACCGCUUGAGCAGAUGAUUUGUGUCCAUUUAGAUUACAGUCCUAUGAUGCCAUGUCAAUAUUUCCUACAUUUUGAAUUAGUUUUUGAUUAAUGUGGACCUGUAAGUCCAACCUGAUGAAAGUUGUUCUUGAUAAGUUUCCCAUAAAGACAAGUGCAGUGGGCUGUGUUCAGGAGAUUUUUGUUAACUGGCAAAGUACCACUAAACUGUGAAAUACUUGAAUGAACUGAAGAAAUAAAGCUGGCAAUUUCCAGAUAGAUAAAUAAUGAUGAAAUGGACUGAAACAGUGCUCUCUUUAUUUUUAGGAGAUUUACUUGAUUGCUUGAUGUGAUACAUAGCAAAACACAUUAUCUCUUAAUGCAAAACUGGGUGUCAAGUAAGCUUUUUUUUUCUUUUAACAAAACAGAGACAACGAAGAGCACCUGCUGGCUGAAGAUAAUCAAUAAUCACUGUGAGGUCAAUAUUAACGGAGCCACACUGAAGUCACACUGCUGUGCCACACUGGGAGAAGCUUGGAACAGCCCCUGUGCCAAAUGUGAAAAAGGUGAGAUGAUCAUUAUGCACCAUUUAGCAAAUUGAAAUGAGUUACACUCUAACUUAACCAAACAACUGCAACGACUAAUAUUGUAUUUUGUUCUGUGUACAAUCACAGAUCCUAUCUGUGGUAAAGGCUUUGCUCGAGUCAAAGGAAAUGUCUGUGAAGGUAACGUCUGUCUUGAUUCCAUGUUGACACUGAAAUUCAGACUUGUGGUUAGUUUGAGUAACUUUUAACACUGAAGCUGUUGUAAAUGCUGCUCUGGUUUUCCUCUGCUGACUGUCAGACGUGGAUGAGUGUCAAGUGUUUCCCGGAGUGUGUAUCAAUGGAAAGUGCAUCAACACACAAGGCUCCUUCUUCUGCCAGUGCCCUCCUGGAAUGACUGUUGAUGUCAGCGGCAGGAUGUGCAUCGGUGGGUGCAGCAAGUCAUCUGUAUGACUACAUUUCAUGUGUUCUGGGAAUCUUUUUCUGCCUGGUUAAGAAUACCAUCUUAUAAACUGAUAUUAAAUAUGUAAAUUAUGUAUUUGUGGUUUCCAGACCUACGUACAGAGCAGUGUUACCUCACACAUGAGGAUGAGCGCUGCGGGACUCCUAUCCCAGGAAAGCAUCGUGUGGAUGCUUGCUGCUGCUCAGUGGGUGUAGCAUGGGGCCCUGAGUGUGACGAAUGUCCAGAAAAGGGAACAUCAGAUUACAACCAGCUCUGUCCUCGAGGCCCGGGCUUCUCACACAGGGGUGACUUCAUCAAUGGAAGACCUUUCCUUAAAGGUAACAUGGUGGAAUCCACAAUCUCCAUAGACUCCCUCUGUUGUUGUUUUUUUGAUCGCUCCUUCACUUGUUUCUGCUGUGUGCUACAGAUAUAAAUGAAUGCAGGAUGAUAAAUACCCUGUGCUCAAAUGGAAGGUGUAGAAACACCAUUGGGAGCUUCCGUUGUCGCUGUGAUAAUGGCUACGCCCUGGACUCUGAUGAGAGGAACUGUACUGGUGAGUACUGCUAAAGCAAUUCUCUGUUUAAUCACUUAUUUAGUGAGAUAACAAAGAACCAGAAACAAGUUGAUGCUUCAAUCAUUUUACAAGCAAUGUUGUAGUUGACCCCUAGUCAAGUCUCAAAUCCUCAAUGUUGAAGUCCGAGUCUAGUCCAAGUCACCAGAGAAGAAUCUGAGUAUAGUCAAGUUUCCGUUACUCAAUAUUAAAAGUAUUGUUUAUUGUAAAGAGGCCCGCUGUUUCUCCCUAAACUUUUGACUGUCUGAACUUUGACUGACUGUCUGGAACCUUUCGGGUUUGUAGAAAACACGUUUCAUUUAUCAACAUCAGAUUCUUCCUGAUCCUUGGCUAACUCUGGCCUCCCACUUUCUCCUCUGGGUUUAUCCUGGACAGGUUUCUGAUAAAGUUCGAGUUUGUUACUUGCUAUCUCUGGAAUGAUUCUUUUGCACAUUGCACAUGCUACAUUGUUGAACAGAUGUUGUGAAAAUCUGAGAAAGCAAAACCCCUGACCCGAGACAGGAAAUGUUGGUGUACGAGACAGCACGUGAACACCAGCCGUUGUCUGAAAGACAAAACCAAUUAAACAGUCUUUAUCAGCAAAUAGUCAUCCUCUCCAUCUUCCAAUUCUUAAAAUAGUCAAAGCUCAAGUCUGAGUCAUCAGUGCUUGAGUCCAAGUCGAGUCACGAGUCCUGAAAAUUAAACUCAAGUUGGACUUAAGUACUAAAACACUGCUGUCAAUUACUUUGAAAAUAAAGGGCCUCUCACAUAAAAGAAUGUACUGUGUGUUUACAAUCAUCUUUCUGUUGAUUAUCAUAUCAAAUCCAAGAUCUUUGUAUUAAUGAGAUCCUGAAAACACUCCGUCUAGUGCAGAAAAUGUAUUUGUAUUUUUCACAAAUUUGGUGAACUGUAAAUGCAUGAACAGUUGUUAUGAGCAGUCUUAAAAAUUGUUCUUUCAUUGUAAGUGUCACUGCUCACUGAGGUGACUAGAAUGGGCAAUACUUAAGUAGUAUGUGCAGUUGCAAGUGCUUGCAAACCCAUAACAAUAUCUCUGAGCUCCAUUGUGUUCCUACAAGUGGAACUACUCUUCAUCAAUCCCCCUCUUUGUACCCCGCUGCCAACACUGAUUACAGUAAAGUGGUGUAAAGCUGUUGCCUAUGUUCAGCUCAUUCAGUCUAAUGGCAGUCUGGCUGCGUUGGACUUGUUGGAGCCGGUCCCCGCAGUCUGGUUAGCUGCAUUACCCUCUGCUUAAAUGUGCACACAUCAUUUUAGUUUUAAAUGCCAGUGCCAUGGCUUUACCCUGAAAUAAUUUAUAGGCUCUUAGUUAGUAAAUGAUAUCUGGGACCUUUUAACCCCCAUAUGAGUGAGAGCCCAGCCCAAAGCCUUUUUUGCUAAGUGUUCCAAAAUGUGGAUUAAAUUCAAAGGGGAUCUGGCCUUUAACUUCAGCCUUUGGAAGAAUCUUCUUAGAGAGCCAAGUCUGCAUAAACCAUCCUUUAAUCCAACUCUUAAUUUUGUUUUAUAGCCUUUAUUUUAUGAUGUAACCUUGAGAAGAAUACGUUGUACUUUUACUCUCUUGUUUGUCCAACAUUUAUGUCGGAUAGCUUCUUUUCUAUGACUACUUAUCUGUGUCACUAAACCAUACCUCCCUAAUCUAUAGGUUUUACAAAAAGAGACCUUCUUCUUAUUUUCUCUGCAGGUUUUUUUUUACUCUUAAAGGAAGUUUUCUUUUUCUAAGCCUUGUUGCAUUUGUUUCCUGCAGACAUCGACGAGUGCCGCAUCUCCCCGGACCUGUGCGGACAGGGCAGGUGCAUCAACACACCUGGAGAUUUUGAAUGCGAAUGCUUUGAAGGCUAUGAGAGUGGCUUCAUGAUGAUGAAAAACUGCAUGGGUGAGUGACAAACUCUCACGAACCGACACUUUGAGAAACUUGACCCCCUGAAUAUUCUCAAGUACACCCUGUUAAAAUCGCAUCGUCUGAAAGCAGAGAGCAUUGCCAGUGCCAACCUAUAAAACUGAAGAAAAUCUGCCACGCUACCCAAGUCCCCAUCACAACCCAGCCUUCGCCUUUAUGCUCCCUCUUGGGCCGUAAGCUCAGGAUGAGGUGCUUAGGCGAACAUGCCAGACUUGGAACUUGCUGUUUAGACGGCUGAUGUCAUCUGAAAUUUUCAGGCUGUGUGUGUUUGUAUAUGUGUGGGCGUGUUUUAGAGCAAAGAAGAAUUAAACAGACUUUAUGUAACCCCUCUGAGUUGUCUAAAGGGCCCACUUUGUGCAGCCCAGGUGUCAUCAUAAUCCUUUAAUAAAACUGCGCCAUAAAGAUAAUUUCUCUUUAUUACAUUUUUAAACAGCAUGAGGGGGACGCAAUCGUCUAAGCACCGAAAAAAUAUUUUAUAGGUAGCUAAAACUCCCAGUGUUCCGCCAUCUGGGAAAAUACUUGAUGCUCUAUUUCUGUUCUGUUCUGGGCUGCCUUUCGACACCACUUGAUUAAAUUCUUGGGAGGAAUCAUACACACAAAAUGGAGAGUCUCAAUACUUUUGUUGGCCUGAAUCUGCUGUGAGGCCAAAACUGGCGAGACAAAUUUACUCGCACACUGAGGCUAAAAAAGCAGCUGGUGGUGGAAAUAACGUGGGCGGGGUAGCAAUCAGAAACUGUUUGGGCUGACUGGACUAGCAGGCAAACAAAAUAUUAAACAAGUAAAAGAAAAAAAAUUUGAAAUCCCCCUAAUAAAUAGUUUUUGUUUGUUUUUCAUCACAGCCAGCCAUGUGGCUGCUUCCUCUUCUUCCUCCUUUUUUUAAACCAUGCAAUUAGUUGUGUUUUUACAAGGAAAGCACUCUAUGAAUGCCUUCCCCACAAGCUAACUUAAUUUAGAGACUCAUUAGGUAGAUUACACUUUAACAGAGUGGAAUUUUGACCCGUAACUGUGCCAAAGCUAACAAACACUUGCAUCAAAACUAGAAAAACAAUUUUUGGUUUGUCAACUGGCAUUGGUAAUACACAAGAGACCGAUCAGAUAUCUGUGGAGCUAGAACUCUUGACACAAAAUAUCGCUACUUGUGUCUAUGACUGUACUGAGCAUGUGUUUUCUUUCACCUUCAGACAUUGAUGAGUGUGAGAGAAACCCUCUGCUGUGUCGUGGUGGUGAAUGUGAAAACACAGAAGGCAGCUUCCAGUGCGUUUGCCCCGAUGGACACGAGAUCGCAACUGAUGGGUCCGCCUGUCUAGGUGAGUGAGCAAGUCAUCAGAAAGGGGAGCCAGGCAGACUCUUCUUCUCUGGACUUCUUUUUUCUUCUUCUUGCUUUUCUUCUGUCUUUGAGAAAUUUGUGAGCCACAGCAUAGUUUCAAAUUUAUUUUCUUUGGAGGUUGAAGAAAGAUACUCGGGGUGAAAAGACAAGUGGGAAGGGAAGAUGUCACAAAGCAGACAGUUUGUGAGACAAUAGAGCUUUGGAUCGCCCCAUUUACCAUCUGUCUGUGUGUGUGUGGGCUCUGUGGGGCUAUUUGGGGGUGAAAGUGUCAGAGUCAGGCUUGUUUAUGUUUGAGAUAUAUGUUCUGUUAUACACGGGUUGAUAUGAACUCAGGACCAUGUGUGUAUCUUCAUGUAAGUUGACGUGUGCAAGACGAAGGGUCCAGUUGGGUCUCAUCAAGAGAAAUUCUUUAAAGAAAGGGUUUGAGGACUUGAAGCUUUGUAAGUUUGUAGCACAAGAGCUUUAAAUAAUAAAGGCAGAGUUAAUGUUUGGGUAUAUUUUAGUCUUUUUGGAUGUAUUUUGUGACUCUGUGAGCCUUUUUCUUUAAACUGUUUUUGUAAAUUGUCUAGAAUGAAUGUUCUGAGUUCUGGAAACUCUUUAUUAGAAAAAGGAGAAAAACUUAACUUUCAUGUAUUUUUAAUAGUUUCAAACCUCCUCACGUGCGGUUUAUAGCAAUGGGCUGACCAUGCAUUAAUCACUGGGUGUCUCUCCAAUGACCUAAUGUAGUGUGUCAAGGUUUCAGUCCAUGACCUAAUGCUCAGUUACCGGCCCUAAGCUCAUUUAUUUUCUUAUUACCACCCAGAGAAAUAAAAACAAUAGACGUGUGACUGAACUCUGCCCGUCGCUAAGACAAUGGUCCUUAUUAUCUGUGGUGAGGCAAUAAAUAUGACUGUUUCAAUGACACUGAUGAUGAUUUACUUCAGUUUAAGUCCAGAUGUCAUACAGAUGGGUGUAACACUGUGCACUUAGUGAUGUCAGAUCACUAGUUUUGAACGGCUCAUUUAUAACCAUUAGAUUCAACAUGAAACAUUUUUAAAUGAACUCUGACUUUAGGCCUCUGUUGAACUCCACUAAUCUCAGGAGGGUGGAUAUUUAAAUCAUCAUGGACCUUUAACGGCUCUAACAGUGUAACUAAGUACAUAGUGAGACAUGUAAAAUUAGUUUAAAAAAUGAUAGAAAGUUGUUUGUGUAAAUAAUUUUAUAAACUUCAAUGGGUUGUUGUAUUAUCAGUCAAACCAGAAACAUGAAUUUCUCUUGUUUCGUGUGAUUGUGUGUAAAUAAGAUGGAUUUUAUUUAAUAUUUAAUGCGCAAAAGAUUUAUUAUGAGUGAAAAUAGUUCUUUGCACUAACCUCACAUGUGCACUUUAUGGUGAUUAAUGGCAAUUUGAACAGCAAAGAAAUCUACUUCCCAAAUACCCUGACCUGUAUUUAAUGCAUUUAAUAUAAUGUAUUGUGUAAUGAACCCUUAAACUGUUAUACUAGUUCAUUUCAUUCAUCUUGUUCUUUAAUCACUUUAUCUUUCCUUUCCUUAGCAAAGCAACUUUCUAAUUGCAUUUGCAUUGUUCUUUUCCAGAUAUCAAUGAAUGUGAUUUGAGUGACAGGCUCUGCAGGAACGGUCAAUGUGUCAACAUGAUCGGUAGUUACCAGUGUACCUGUGACAUGGGAUAUAAAUCUACUGAGAACAGACUGGAUUGUGUCGGUAUGGACUGAACAUAUUUAUGACACUUUCACUUCAAUACUAUUUUUCUUGUUUUUAUUGAAGAACAACAAAUGAACAAAUCUUUUUCUGCCCCCCAGACAUCGAUGAGUGCACUAUAGAGAACGGCGGCUGUGAGGCUUUCUGCACAAACUCAGAGGGGAGCUAUGAGUGCAGCUGCCACAGUGGUUAUGCCCUGAUGCCUGAUCUGAGAAGCUGCACUGGUAGGUUGCUUAGCUGCAGUUCUUUCAGAUCUUGCAGUCCUUUCAUUGAGUACCUACUCCAUUCAUCUGUUUUGUGUUUCACUGCAGGGAACUUUCCAUAAAAUAUAACUAUACAUUGAAGAGCUAGAAAGAAGCCGCACAUUGUAAACGUAGUUUGUAGUUAUUGCUUUAAUUGGACUGGCACAUUCAGAGGAAAUUGAAAGACAAAGCCUGGAUACACACAUUUGAUUUGGGCUUAAAAUUAUUAACUCAUAAUAAGAGAUAAAGUUUUCAAAUCAAGAGAGAUCAAGAAACAUUUACUUAGAUUUCUUGCUUAGAAAGUAUUCAUGUGGUAACCCUAAUCGUAGGCUUCAUGUGUUGUACCUAACCUAACUCCUGCAACUCCUUUAAUUAGCAGAUGCAGUUAUACAGGCAGAGAUCAAAGUAGCGUUGGGUGAAUUUUGGUGUAAAUUGCUCGAAAGAGGAGCUGCAAUUAUGUAUCCUGAACUGACCUUGUUGAUUUAAGAGUGUAAAUAUAAGUAAAACUUCAAUUUGUGGCCCAGACCUUUUAAUUGUUUCAACUUCCUUUAAAAAAAAAAAGCGUCUAUACGAGAUGAGCUUUGCAGUGCGAGUUUAGCAGCCAGAGAGUAUGGGGGUCCUUGAGUAGUUUCAGGAGUCUUGGGCAACAGUGGAUAUGUUAAACGAUGGUGGUGUUUAAGUAAAAGUAAAACAGCUAGUUAGACAAUCAAUGUAUGCAGGGGUCUAAUUGAGACAGUGUUAUAAGUCAAAACAUGCAGCCACACCCGGCUAGUACAAGGCACCCCACCCUGCAUUUUGUUGGGUUAGUGUUUGUAUUUAAAGUUGUAUGGUAAAUAUAAGGCAGAAGUUUAAGUUUUAAUCCUGUAUUUUGCCUUGUAAAGGAAAGUAAAUUAAGCCCCUGGUUUUAUGUUGCAGCCUUAGAAUCCUAAUGGUAAAUUAUACCUUAAUGUUGCCAUCUGAAUGAGGAGGUUGUGGAUAUAGUUUCCUGCCCUUCUCACUUUGUAUUCUCCCUUUUUUGAUUUGCCUUCCCUCUGUCCUUAUUCUCCAGACAUCGAUGAGUGCGAAGAGAGUCCAGACAUCUGUGAUGGAGGCCAGUGCACCAACACUCCUGGGACUUACCAGUGUCUUUGCUUUGACGGUUUCAUGUCAUCUGAGGAUAUGAAGACCUGCCUGGGUAAUGGAUGAAUAUUAUUAUUUAAAAUAAUAAAACUCUGCAGCUUCACUCUUUACAGCUCGGUGGUAAAGUAGAUUUGCUGAAAAGACAAAAUAAUCAACAUGAAGGUUCUCCAAGUAAUGAGUCAUGAGAAUUACACUUAAUGAGUCAGAUCUGCAAGUCAGUGUGUGAGAAAAUAGCAUCUAAAGUUGUUGUUGUUGAUUUAAGAGACAAGUGAACAUUUUGUGAGUUUGGGUUUGCAAAGAGGAAUGCAUGACAUUUAGAUGUCUGGUUCCACUGAGAGAGAGAGAAAAAACUGAUACGGCUUUUAAAGUCAUCUGCCCAAACACAUUCUCAUAUUACUGCUGUAUUUACUGAGAUAAACAAGAUACCGUGUGAGUUAUUGAGCUAAACCCGAACAUAAUUCACAAUGUAGAUCAAAUUUGACUCCCUUACAUUUAUCACAACGUCUCAAAAAUCAACUAAAGCGGCAAAUCCAGUUUAAUUCAUUGGCUUAAACUUGUCCGUACUGUAUUUGUGUGAAGCAAAUUACCUUUCUUGCUCUUUCCUCGUUAAAUUCUUCUUCAUUUCCCGUCUAGAUGUGGAUGAGUGCGAGCUGAACUCAAACAUCUGUCUUAGUGGAAACUGUGAGAACACAAAAGGAUCCUUCAUUUGUCACUGUGACCUGGGAUACUCUGUCCGCAAAGGCACCACAGGCUGCACAGGUGAGAAAUCACCACACGCUUGAGCAUUUCUGCACAACACAAAACAUCCUGUAGGUAGAAAAACAGGGACGGGAGUAAGAGGAUGGUGAGUCAGUGAAGGGCUGCUGUUGAUUAAGCAGUGAAUGAGGCGUGUGUGUGUGUGCAUGUUGUAUGUGUGUACGAGGAGUGUUUGUUGAGGAGCAAAAGCUAAGAGAAGGGCGAGAAAUACGAGGAUGUAGGAGAAAAUGUCCAGCUAACCAGAGGCAGCUCUAAUACAAGUCAGCCUAAUUCAAGAGCUCCUGUCUGCCCUGAUGAGAAACACACAGGACACACAGACACUCACAUGGACUUGCAGUAACAACAGCAGGAGCAGUGAGAUCACUCUUUUCUGACAGAUGCAAGCAUCACAUUGCACCUUUGUUUAUUCCUUUGUUGCUCUUUCAUUAAGGUCAUUUAAACAUUACGUGAUGGUUGGAAGAGUUCUGCAGCACGUAACCACCUGAAACCGCUCCAAAACACAUAAAUACCAGUCCAUCCUGCCCGUAGAGUCUUAUGCUAGUUUUGACUCACUCCUGGUGUAGCCAGAGUUACGUCUGAUUUAUAGGGCCACUUUAAAAUUUUGGAAUCGAGGGCUACUUUGGAUUUCAGUCAGUGAUCUUAUCUGGCCUUGUCUCUGUGAUCAAAAUGACUCAGAGACACAGUCAAGUGCAGCAUGUCCUCCUUCAGACGCAAAUAAACAGGUCUGUCUGACCUUCAAACUCAUUCACACACACUCUUGCUCAUUCUAAUCCCGUUAAAAUGUCCGGAUAGUGUAUUCCUUGUUUUGAGAGGGGUGGAAUUGCAGUAAAGCAGCCGGUUCUGAUUCACAGUGUUGGUAUUUCAGCCUCAGAAUACCAGGGAAUCAGGAUACUAAUUCCUCUCAGGCGGGCAGGAUGUCUUGGUAUAAACCAGAAGACAAAACCUGCUACUCUUUUUGGAACAGCUCCCUUUCCGACGUAUGGAAAAUGCAUGCAAAAUUGGUUGUCAUUGUCGAAUUGGCUUAUGCGACCAUGUUGGUAUGUGCGGACUAGAUCCUCUUUGCGUGAGUGUGUUUUAAUGAGUGGUGUUCUCAAGCUCAGAUCUAAUCCAGCUGUUGAUGAAGUUCCCACAAGAAUUAUUUCCCAAUUUUUAUACACAACACUUAAGAAAUCAGGGGCAGGGUGUGAGUAUUCGUAUGACCACUUAUGUGCUUGUUUUUUUGGGUUGUGUUUUGGAAAAUUGGGGGUGGGUGGAGGUGUACUGGUGGAGUUUACAAGGCUGGGAGUGUCUGGGCUUUAAAGAGGAAACUGGGGUUAUAUGUUGUUGACCUAUAUUUUCUUUUAGCUAAAUGACAAAACACUAAAACAAUGUGAGAACAAGGUAAUCUUCUUCAGAAAAAUGAGCCAGUUUCUGGAACAAAAACAACAACCACCAAUUACUCACAGUCAUGGCAAGAAAAGAGUCAGUAAAAUAUACGGAUGCAUCGGCUGUGAGAGAGGGCUUGUCUCACAUUCCAGGAAGCUUAGCUUGGCUUAUCAAGUAGGCUACUGAUACAUCUGAAGGUAUUGGUAAACUUUAAUUAGAUAUGAUUUGGUAGGCACUUACUCUUCAUAACUUUAAGCUGUUUUUUCUACCUUUGCAUUAAGUUUCAGUGUUUGUAAUAAGUCUACUGAAACUUGUGGUAAUAAUCUUCUUUAGCAUUAGCAUUUAGCAUCAUUAUCUUCUCAUCCCUCUCUUGCCUUUACGAGCAGAACCUUACGGUUGCUUGUGAGUGUUAAUGUACCUUGACUUUAUGACUCCCAUCCAUGCUGCUGUUACAGCAAUAUUAAAUUAAAUUCAGAUUUAAAUUUAUUUAACUACAGUAAAGUACUUACAUGUGUCCCACAAUUCUUACCUGCAUCUAUGGGCUAAUUUCAGUUUUAAUGUUGCUAGCUCUGUUUUGAAAAGUAGCUCUAGUGUUCUAAUGUGAAUAAAUGUCACGCCACCUGCAAAAUAAAAUAAAAUAAAAAGCUUAUUGACAGAUAUUGGGUAAGAUAUUGUCUUACCCAAACUAAUCUUACUCGAUCUUGCAUAAGAAUGAAUGUUAGCUAAUGUCAGUAAUGGUGAAUUAGCUGUUGUUGUGUCUCUUAUUGAUAUUCUGCUUCAGUAAGGUAACUUUGAGAUCUCUCUGACUUACAGUUACGAUAUUUUUAGUAUUUUAGUAGUCUUUUGUGGACAUUUAUGGUCACAUAUCAUCAUCUUCUUGGCCUGAUGUGACCUGAGGAGCAAGCUAAUCUAAGCAAACUUUCAGGAUCUGUAUUUGUGCAGUUAUAACACAACUUUAUUAAAGAACUGUUUUUUAAAAAAAUAUGAAAUAGACUUGGAAUUCUACUUUUUUCAAAACUGGUUUAUGGAGAUUUUAGCGGCAGAAACCUGUUCCCAGAAAUGGCUUGUCAGGAGUGAAAAAAGAUAUAAUGAGGGAGGCCCAAAAAAUGCAGAGUAAUAAGAAUAUCUGAUAUUUUUAAUAUUCUUAAUAUGGCUUGGAUUGGCAGAAGAUGCUUAAGUACGCUCAGUUCUCUGCAAUUUUUGUACUGUGUGGCUUUCGGUGCAUGUCCAGGUUGUCAAGACUGCAGCCAGAUCUAAGCUACCCGCUAAAAUAUAUUUAUUUUUUUGUUUGUCUAGACUGUACCCAGACAGAUUUUAGAGUCUCAGCAGCCUAAUAAGACAGCAUCAAAUAAAUUUGUUACAAUUCGAAUCCUAACAUUUGGAAGUGUUUUGAAAUGUGAUUCCACUUGUGUGUUUGUAAUGUCUGGACGCUGUAAUCUUAUCAGAUCACUUUCAGACAACGCGAGCAAUUUGUCUAAUGAUGCGAAUUAAAGAAAAAAAAAAUCAGAUUUCCUGGCAGUCUGAAAAAAACUGAGACAAAAAUGAGGCAGGUGGCAAACAGACAGACAGAUACUCAGGCAGUCACACAAGCUGAAAGAUGGCUAGACAGCCAGGUAGGCAGAUGUGUAAUUCCCUUUUAUCCCUUUUUAUCUGUUUUUCAGCUGUCAAGCAUUAGCCCUGGUUAAAUCAAGCCUCUUGUUCGACACCAGCUGUGACCGCUGACACGCUUGUAUUUUACAUUUCCACAUGAGAAUGUGUGUGUGUGUGUGUGUGUGUUUGUUUCGUGCUCUGUCAUCAAAGACUUGGGGAAAUGAUCUUUAAUUCUGUCUGUAAUCGAGGGGGAUUUGCCCUCAUAUUAAAGCCGUCAUCAAAUGUAGUGUAAAUAUAACGUAGCUUCUCCUCAGGAAGACCGUAAAGCAGCAGCACUAAUCUCUAAUUGACAGCGCUUUGAAUUACUACCCUCACAAAGACAGACACACACACACAGAGAAGUGUGUGUCUCAUUGGCUGAUAAAUCCCAACAUCUUGAUCGAGUUCAUAACAUGGCUUCUCUUGAUGUACAGGGACACCCACUCACACACAUGCGCAACCUCUGUGACAAAGCAGAAACAGUUUUCGGAUUCAGGACCAGGUGUUGAUCGGAGUUUCGCAGGGAUUGUUUUGGCUCAUUUGAGCAGCCAUCAUUGUUGUAGCCUCAUACAGAGUUUUUCCGUCGUGCCAUGUUGUUCAGCAUGUCAGAACUUCCUCAGGAAAAGGAGCUGCGAGACCACAUUCACUGUUUUUUUUUAUCAAGACCAGAUGCUUAAAUGAGAUCUCUACAAGUUACAACCUGCAGGAUGUAAACAGAACAUUUUAUUGGAAGCCGAUUUAAUUGUUUUUAAUAUUUAUUGUUCAUUUACAAGAAUACAGAACCUCAUACAAUGGGCAAACAAGUAUAGAGAGGAACUUUGUCAGACACAUGAUGUACUAAGUACCUCAGUGUUUCAUCCAUUGGCAGAGUUCAGGUAUAAUUAUAAUGUCCUCUCUCUGAAGGAAUGUUUAUUUGUAGAGCUGGCACAUUACCACAUCACUUUUAUGAAAAUUAUAUUUGUAAAAGACUGAAUUUCCAAAGUUAACAUCUGGGAGGGUGAGAAAACCAAACAUAAGCAUUAAGACAAGUCUUUUACAAAAGCCUCAUAUGAGAGGUACAGUGUCUGCGGGUCUGUUGGUAAAAAGGGGAAUCUUUGCCUAAAAUAACCUCAGAGAUACUUUUUCAAGCGAAGCAGACAGAACAAGGCCUUAGCAUGAGGAUACGGUUGUCCCUCUUAGUCUUUCUUAAAGCUCUCCAGACAUGCUUGCACAGUGAAAAUCCAGAGACUGAGUCUUCUCAUUAAACCUCUGCAGGAAGGCUAUUAGUAUCAGAGAUCAUGAGAAUGUCUCCAUGCCUUCUGCUCUGAAAUACAGCUCUCAGUGGAUAAGGACAGUGACCCAGAAAGACUUAGUCCUGUUGCUCCUGCUGCUGUCUUUAUACAGUGCAAAUCAAGCAUCAAGCCACUCCACUAAGCCAAGAACCCCACUGGAAAGGGAAUGCAGGCCCAAAUCAGCAGACCAUCAGAGCGAUGUCUUUUUUUUCUCUUACCUGACUUCUUGUUUGUUUUCUCUUUGGCAGAUAUCAAUGAGUGUGAGAUCGGAGCGCAUAAUUGUGACAGACAUGCCACGUGCACCAACACUGCUGGCAGCUUCAAAUGCAACUGUGCUCCAGGGUGGAUUGGCAACGGUCUGAAAUGCACAGGUAAUACUUAACCUUCUAUGCAAAAUCACUAAUGGAGUCCAGUGUGGCAGUUCAUCAGUCACAACCAGACAAAGAGAAAACUUGAAAGGUAGAAUAAGAUACAGCAAAUACAAUGAGGAUUUUCGAGAACCAAAGACAUACUGGAGAAGCUGAAAAGUGUCGACCAAAGCAUUUUUGUCCUCAAAGUUUGGACGAGGGAGUAAUUGCUUUUGGACUUUGUUAUGUUUCAGACCUGGAUGAGUGCUCCAAUGGGACACACAUGUGCAGCAACAACGCAGACUGUCUCAACACUAUGGGCUCAUAUCGCUGUGCAUGCAAGGAAGGAUUCUCUGGGGAUGGAUUCUUCUGUUCAGGUCGGUCUUACAAAUCAACAUCUGAAGUACAUUUCUACUCUUGAAAGAUGCAUGUAUACGGUUUGUGUUUAUGGACUGUGUUUGUGAUAACAAUUCAUUACAGACAGCGAUGAGUGUGCAGAUAACCCCAACCUGUGUGAGAGCGGUCAUUGUCUGAACCUGCCUGGAGGUUACCGCUGUGAAUGUGACAUGGGCUUUAUCCCCACUGCUGAUGGCAAAGCCUGUGAAGGUAAGACAUUAUGACUGAUCAUCCUCGCUCUACACCUCUGAAGUGCUGCCCGUAUCCAAAGUCAUGUUGACAGAUCCAAAUGGGUCUGGUGUUAGCCCGGUGAAUGUUUGUUUUCCUGUUUGGAAAAAAACAGACGAUCCAAACACAUGCUGUCUUCAAGUGGAACUUGUGAGAUAGUUUUUUUGGACAGGGAAUGUACACAGGAUGCUGAGCAUCUAAGUGGUUUUAACUGUGAGAAAAUUUCUAAGGGAAUAACAAAAAUAUGGAUUUUGCUGUGUUUUCUUUUCAGAUUUGGCUGAGGGUUUGGUUUAUGCGUCUGUUUAGAAGUGGUUGAGGGGGAUUUCAACAUUAUAUUAUGAGAGAAUUAGAACAGAAAAAGAAUAAACAAGCAAAAAAUGUUAAAAACCAACAUUACAUUUUUGAAAAAUCUGUUCUUGCUGACCAAGACUGCUGACUAAAUGAUUGGUGGUUACCAACCGUAUGUGGGCACACAUUUAUACUGUCACAUCUAUCUGCAAAGAGUCCUUUCUCAGCUUUUUCAUUUUUCAAAAAAUCUAGGGUUGCAGGGCUAAUAUAGACAGCAGCAAGACAGCAGUGGGCUAUCAAUAGUAGCAAGGUCACUUGCUGAAUGCAUAAAAACUCUCAGACACAAGGUUGAUAGGGAAUAUACUUCGAUUGUCCUCUUGACUUAUUUUAUAGUUGUCUGGGAGAAUCCACCCUGAGACAAGAGUGCUUUUUCAGGAGCAUAUAGAGAGGCAAUUAGGGAUUGUCCUGUUAAUUUUAUAUUUGUACUGUAUAAAGACCUAAAUAACUGAGGACAAAUCUUGAGUAAAAUCCCGGAUUAGCUCCUGCAGAGUCGACAUAUACAUACAUUUGGUAUUGGUAGCAGACAAGCGUGAUUCAUGCUCCCAGAGAUAAGGCAUUGCUUGAUUCAACUGAAUGAGCAGACUGACCUCAUUUUACUGAUGUGUCAAACACCUGAAAUAACCUGUCCAGUCCUCCCUGCAUCAGCUCAGGCAGGACUGGACAGUAAUGACUUGUGCAGAGUGUAAUGAUGUGGAAGAGCACAAUUUCAUAACCUUGGCUACAGCUCUGAUAGUGUAUGUGUGCGUCUGUCUGGAUAUGUCUGGGCAUUUUUUUGCCCCAGAACUGUCAUUCUGUAGCAGAGGUGAGCGGCCUUCACUUCCUAUUGCAGGCUGCCAAUUUUCCACCAUGAUCCCAUGAUCCACUAAUCCCUCACAGCUGGGCUUCUUUCUCUUUCUCCCCUUCUCUCAUCCCCCAUCUUUAUCAUUCUCUUUCUUUCUCUGUUUUUUUUCACAGACAUAGAUGAAUGUACCUUUGCUGACAUCUGUGUCAAUGGACGCUGUCAGAACAUCCCAGGGCUUUUCAGGUGUGAAUGUAACCUUGGUUAUGAACUUGACCGGAGUGGAGGCAACUGCACGGGUAAGACUUGUCAAAGCAAUUUUUAAGUUGUUCUCUUAAAUAAAUAUCUUAUUACACCUGAUGAGCUGAGGAAAUACAAAAUAUUGCAAAACUAAUGUGUCAACAGCAGUGAGGGAAUCAUAGGUUUGUCCUUAUCCCAGGGUGAAAGUCUUCCAUUUUGCAUUUCUGUAUGCAGAUAAUAAGAUAAAGUGGACACUUCUCAUGUACUUCUGCUUCAACUAGUGCAUUAAAAGGAAUGUCUGUCCUUCACAGAUAUCAAUGAAUGUGCAGACCCCACUAUCUGUAUCAAUGGAAUGUGUGUAAACAUCCCUGGAAGCUACCACUGCAACUGUCCAGCAGACUUUGAACUGAAUCCCACACGGGUGGGCUGCGUAGGUGAGACUAAACAGGUUUUCAACACACAGUAUUGGUGUUUGCAAUCAUAGAAGGAAUCUUGAAGCAAGUACACCUGAUGACCUGCGUGUAAAUGUGUGCAUACAGACACUCGUUCUGGAAGCUGCUUCCUGGAUGUCCGUUCCCGUGGCGAUGCGUCGGAGAGCUUGGACUGCUCCAAUGAGAUUGGAGUGGGUGUUUCUAAAGCGUCUUGCUGCUGUUCCCAGGGUCAGGGCUGGGGGAAUCCAUGUGAAUCGUGCCCUUCUGUCAACUCAAGUAAGACAUUAUGUUGAAAUUAAGACUUGGUGUGGAUGAGUGCGUGAGUGUUUUAUUGUGUUUUACUUCCUGGGUGGGGUACAGGAUUACAUAAAACACACAGAGAGGUGUUACAUGCUGACAAAGUCAACAAAUAUGAUACUUUUCAUUUUGUGUUUACUGGGUAUUGAUGUUUUCAUCACCUUAAUCUAAUCCUUUUAUCCAUUAAAGUCUAACUAGUUUAAUCUUUCAGGAGUUUGAUCAACACAGUUGUUUGUACCAUGGGGCAAGAUGAAUUCCCCUGUCAUAUAAUCAAUAAUUGAUGCCCUUCAAAAUGAUUAAAAAAUUUUUUUCUGUUUCAGCUAGCAUUUAUCUGACCCUUAAACAGACAUACAAGACCCCUGCAUUGUAAAUUCAGACUAGUAAGGUGUCACUUAUCAGUGUUCAGGCUGCAAGCUCUUGUCAUGCAAUGAGUGUGUUUUUGCAGUUUUUGCUGUUGUUGUUGUUGUUUCUGGUAAAGAAGAGACAGCUUUGUGCAACUUACUUGAAAUUGCCAACAGAUGGUUCAAAACAUUACAGGGAAUGACUCACCCUCUUCAGCUCAGGAAAAUGCUUCCUCCUAUGACAAAAACAGAAACCUUUCUCUUUUCACUUAUUAGUAAUUCUGAGUCGCUUCAGUCAUGUCCGGUCCAUGGGCUCCAUGGAUCAGUCUGAGAUCUGAGGCGGUUGGUUAAAAAACAAACCAAAACAGAGAGCGACAGGAAACGAGCUGAUGAUGACAAAACUUGCAGCCACAACCAAGAAUGUGACUUGCCUCAAACGCUUUCCAUUACUGUGAAAACGUGCAAAAAGAAAAAAAAAAACCAAUCCUCUUUGAUUUUGUGUGUUACGUCAUUGCCUCCUGUUAAUGUGAUGCAUGCUCUAUUACAGCUGAGUACAAGACCUUGUGUCCUGGAGGAGAAGGCUUCAGACCAAAUCCCAUCACAGUCAUCCUGGAAGGUUAGACGGCAACAUGCCUUUAUGUUUUUGUGUGUGGCCGCUCCUGCUUAGCUUCUAAAGUUCUCACACAGACCAAACACACCCACCCAAGAUGACUCUGAGGAUUUCCUUUCUCUCUUUGGCAGACAUCAACGAAUGCCAGGAGCUGCCAGGCUUGUGCCAGGGAGGCCAAUGCAUCAACACUUUUGGCAGCUUCCAGUGUGAAUGUCCAAGAGGCUACGCCCUCAACACGGAAACCAGAGUCUGUGAAGGUAUUUUAUACACACACGUGCAUUUCUGCGCAGCUUCGCAGACACAUGAGCGCACAGGUGACCUAUCCCUCUGUAGCUCUAGCCCUGGGACGUUUCAGUGGGGAGGAAAUUGAGUCCAGCCGUUGAUGCCUUUGUUCGACCAGGACACAUGGAGAGGGAGGAAAAAGCACGGGGAGCAAAAAAGACAGAAGAAAUAUGGAACUCUUUUGUCCCCUAGACAACACUGCAGCUCAUUCCAGCUCAAUAUGUCUCUGCUCUAUUUUUUAUCUGUUGCUAACCCAACAAAGCUCAGUCAGGAGGAUGAGACAGCUGAGCUCCUAACUGUGUCCAGAGGAGCGAGUCUCUGAUGUGGUCAGCCCUUUCCUCUGAGUACACUGUGUCCCCUGUAGAAAGGCCAGAGAUGAUGAAGAGAAGGAGUGAGGGAGGGAAAUUUAGGAAUGAAAGAUGGGUAGAAAAAAAGAUACAAGAGAAGGGUGUACAGAAAAACAAGAGGCAGGAACACAGAGGAGGGUAGAGGUUAAGAAUUAUACAAUGACGUAGUUAGCAGAACUUUAAUUAAUAAGUGUUUGUUGGCUCUGGGAACAAAAGCUAGCGUCUGCUUUUCAGAGUGCAGGAAACAUAACUCAAAUACUUGGAGUAAAUCAGCAGUUCAGCUGCUUGCAAAACUGGAAGCAACAAGCUCUUCAUUUGCUGUUUGGUCGUCAUGCUAGCAGAAUAAUUUUUUUUGUGAGGGAGAUAUAGAGAUAAAAGCAAAAAAUUACAGGUGUUAUGAGCCUUUGUCUGCUGUGAUGAAGGAGUUUUCAUCUUGGAUUGUUGAAUGUUUUAAUAAGAGGGUGAUAAAGAACAAGAAAAAUGCUUAGAUUUAAUCUAAACUUGAAUGAUUUACUGCAUUAGAAUUCAAGGAUGUUUUUAAGUACCUUGACCACAGAUCACAGUAUAUAUUUCAUCCAGGUAGUCCUUCAGUAUAAUGAACAGUAAACAAUGUAAAUGCUGCUUUUUUCCCCUUCAAAGCAGAUGACUUAUCUCUGUCCCCUUUCUACAUAGAUGUCAAUGAGUGUGAACGACCAGGCAUCUGUGGUCCAGGCCAGUGUUACAACACCAUCGGGAACUACACCUGUAUCUGCCCUGUGGACUACAUGCAGGUCAACGGCGGGAACAACUGCAUGGGUACGUCUGCCUGCUUACCCUGAAACAUCAGCAAAAGAGCAGUAAAAUUCAUUUCAGUUACGAUUUAAUACAUCCGUCUGUGUUCAUGAAACCCACACAGACAUGAGAAAGAGCUACUGCUACAGGAACUUCUACUCAGACAAUCGGACAUGUGAUGGAGAGCUGACCUUCAACAUGACCAAAAAGAUGUGCUGCUGCUCCUACAACAUUGGGCGUGCAUGGAAUAAACCCUGUGAACAAUGUCCUGUGCCAAGCACCGGUGAGAUCACACACAUUCACACACACACUCUCUGAUAGACAGGUGUAAAAAAAUAGAAAUACUGAAAAAAAGAGCUUUUACCUUCAUGUCUUCUCAGAUGAUUUUGCAGUCCUUUGUGGCAGCGAGAGACCAGGAUAUUACAUUGACAUCACCACAGGACGCGUCAUUGGUAGGAUUUUUCCAUUAAAAGAUAGAUGAGGUGAACAUGAAAGUGUACUCUGCUCUUAAACUGUUUUCUCUUCUUGUGUUAGACAUUGAUGAGUGCAGGGAGAUCCCAGGUGUGUGUGAGAACGGAGUGUGCAUCAACAUGAUUGGCAGCUUUCGGUGCGAAUGCCCUAUUGGCUUCAUCUACAAUGACAAACUGCUGAUAUGCGAAGGUAAGGCCAGCGCUUCAUAAACUUUUGCUGGAUAACUCAAAAUCACAUGAAUUCCUUUGUCAAAUUUCUGAGGUUUCUUGUUUGAGUCUUAUAACACCUCUGCUGUAUUUAGAUAUCGAUGAGUGUCAGAAUGGACCUGUGUGCCAGCAGAAUGCAGCCUGUCUGAACAUGCCUGGAAGCUACCGCUGCGAGUGUAAACCUGGAUAUCGCUUCACCCCGACUGGACAGUGUCAGGGUAAGGCUCUGUUUAACCAAGUCAUAAAAGUGUCAGCAGCUCUCAGAUUAGAGAGUGCAAGAUCAACUCAACUUGCCGUAGUUAAGUCAACUCCUAAUGACCUUAGAGAAGAUUAUACAGAAUAAGUGGAUGCAUUGAGCAGGAUUAUAGAAAAGAUUAGAAGAGGCUGUCAAAAAGCAGACUUCUCCGUACUUCCUGUGGCCUUCUGCUUUCCUGUCUCCAAAAAUAAAACACCAGAGGCAGCAUAAUGAGAGUCAGGCUACAGAUAAAUUUUUCAUGGUGGGCUUAUUAUGAGGGAAAAGCUGUUGCUUCCUGCUCUUCAUGAAUCCCCUAGAACACAAAAACAUGUUCGGACUCUUUUAUUAAAAGUUUAAUAAUAAGGAUGUUCACUUCAGCCCCAUGCAAUAUUAAUUUGUCGUUACGUAACAGCGUGGACAGCAGCUUUUCUUUUCUACAAAGUAACACAUGCUCAUCCUAGUGACUGUUUGCAUAAGGAACAAAUCUUUUUAAAGUCAUAUAAUAGACACCUGUCUGAGGAAUAAACACGUUAAAAAAAUCUUUUGAGAUGAACAAUCGAGUGAAAUUUCACAAGUGUUUUUGUGUCAUGUGUUUAAACUUGCCCAAAGACAGAAGACUGCCUAAAGAUUAGGUGUUUGUUUGUUCUUCACUAUUUCAGUGACAAAUUGGUGAUUAAGGAAAGGAGAGAAGUGCUAAUGCUGACUGGCUUAAAAUGAUAUAUAAUCAUGCAAGAGUCAUGUGAGAGAUUGAUGGGAGACACCAAGUGAUGGACUGUCAAACAGGGUCAUCAGAGGGUUUCUCUGGAGAAUAGAAGAAAGUAUUUUGGUAUGAAUAUAUAUUAAGAUGGGAAUAGAGUUGUACACCAAGAUAAAUAAGUUAAGGUUUUAACUCUACAUUAGCUUUGAUAAUUCUAAAUCAGUGUAGGAAAUACAGGUUUGUAUCAAAGUAACUCAUCACAGAAUUUUGUGACUUGGUAAAAUGGCUUUUCUUGUUUUUGCUGUCAUUUGACUGAUCAGUGCUUUGUGGUUUGACCCUGAAUUUUAUCCAGUGUAACCAUAAUUAACUCUCACUUGUAGAUCGUAAUGAAUGCAUUGAGAACCCUGGUGCAUGCAACCCUGGUCAGUGCAUUGACACACUGGGAAGCUACCGCUGCAUCUGUCCCAACGGCUUCAAAACAACAAGAGACCAGUCAAUGUGUGUCGGUAAGUUUUUUUUUUUUCCUAACUAUUUAGGUUAAAUUGAUCCAGAAGUGACACUUUAUUAGGGAGGCAAUGUGGUUACUCUCUGUCUGAAACUGGGAUGGUGUUUUCUGCUUUCAGAUGUGGAUGAGUGUGAGAGACAACCCUGUGGGAACGGGACCUGCAAGAACACCGUGGGGUCCUACAACUGUCUCUGCUACCCUGGCUUUACCAACUCACACAACAGCGACUGCAUAGGUGGGCACAUAUGUGGAUACAAGAGAAGCAAAGGAAGCUUCACAGUUGUAGUCCUCUUUGAUUACUCAUGGUUUGUUUUGCAUUUCUCAGAUGUUGAUGAGUGUUCGACGCAGAGAGGCUUGUGUCGAAAUGGCCAGUGCAUUAACACCGUGGGCGCCUUCCUCUGUGUAUGCCAUGAUGGCUAUGAGCUCAACUUAGAUGGCAGGAUUUGUACAGGUAAGAGUAAAUCGACUUCCCAGGUCUUAUUUUUUUGUUAGUCUAAAUGUAAUCACUUGUUUAAUUGUGUGUCUCUUGUUUGCUUCUCUGUUUCUCAGACAUAAAUGAAUGUGCGGUGAAUCCUGGUACAUGUGGUGCAGGAACUUGCCUGAAUCUGGAUGGCUCUUACAGGUGUAUCUGCCCACCUGGCUACUAUCUCCAUGAGGAAACUUGUGAAGGUAUAGCAGCCAAAAGGCUAUUUCUUUCUGCAUUGUGCAUAAUGAGCGUAAGCCAAAAGAAACAAACAUAUUUAUGCACAAAAUACAGCUUAAUCUACCAAUGCCUAGAUGAAAAUGAGAAUGAAUUACUUCCACACCUCCGCUGUCUAGCUGCUACAAAACCCCCUACUCUCCCUUUCACACGUGGGAGUGGGCCCAAGCCAGAUCACUUGAAUUGUUUAUACAAAGGGGCUGAUGAAGAGAUAUUCGGCAGACUUCAACACAUUCCUGCUUUGCGCUCUGUUCUUGGAAGCAGGGAGGAACAGUAUUGGAUUCUCAGCAUCAAUUACAGCAGCAGCUGGUCACUGUGAUGACUGAAAACGUGACAUAGAAGCUCUUCCAGAUGAAACGCCCUUUACCGAACUGUGUAUUAGUUGGACUGGAUUCUAUAUUAUCUCAAUAGGAUAGACCAUGACGUACCGGCGUGAUUUCAUCCCUGCAGUUCUGACAGUAGUUCAAGACAAAACUUAUAGUCAAUGAACUGUGCAGGGUGGAACUCUGAUGGUACAAAUGGGAAACAGAUUUUCAAAUUUGAUGAGGUGGCUGACAUUAUUUCUCUUUGUGUGUCAGAUAUUGAUGAGUGCUCCCAGUCUCCCGAGAUCUGCACAUUUGGAACCUGCUCCAACACUGAGGGAAGCUUCACUUGCUUGUGUCCCGAAGGCUUCCAGAUCUCAACCUCUGGACGCAGAUGUUUAGGUAAUUCUGUGCGUGGGUGUGUUUUGAGAGAGAGAGAGUGGGGGAAAGUGGCCAUGAAAGUAUCUUUUGCAUGAGGUUUGAUGUGCAAAGUGUAAAUACCAGUGUAUCUGUAUAGUCUAUCUCUGAGUGCUGGUAGAGACUAAGCAGCAGGCAAUAGUGUUAGACUUUUCCUGCCUUCUCAUGAUAGCACACUGUGUUCCAGCUGUUUCUGCUGCUGCCGCUGCCUCAACAAGGCCAGGGGUGGCUCUGAGCAGAUCACUUUUCCAUUUCCUCACUGCUGUGUGUUCGUGUUUGUGUGUCUGUGUGUGUGUGUGUGUGUGUGUGUGUGUGUGUUUAUGUACACGUGUGUUUUUGGGCUGGGUGGGGGAGCGCUGAGUCCUCUGUUAGGGAGUUCCCCCUCCAAACACUGAAGUGAUGACAUCAUCAGUUCAGAGAGGAGGUUUACAGUUUGCAUUUCACUUCUCUCUCCAGUGUCUGAGAGUUGGGGGAUAAACACGUGAAGCCUUCCCUGGGUGGAGGGCUCAGCAACAUGGGCGGUAAAAGAGAAAGAAUUUGACAAGGACAAACCCUGUCCCACUUAGAAAAUCAUUUGUGGGUCAUUGCGCAUUAAUGAUAUCACCAUUUCUUUCUGUUUAUCGAUUUGUAGGUUGUCUUUAUGUCAUCCCUGACCCCAAAACCUGUGAUUACCCUUUGUCAUAAAAGAAAUAGUAUGAUUUGUGAUUUAAGGCACACUGAAACUGUAAAUACCGUUAGAAAAAGUUUGUGCACAGUUUUUUAAAUAGUCCCUCACACAACAAAGUUUAACAAACUUGGAGUAUUGAUGCAACAUUAUGUAACACUUGUUAAAGUGGUGAUAAUGGUGAGUAAAAAAUAUGGACUUGUAAUCUUAGCAUUAGCCUCUAUAUGCUUUUGGUAACACUUAACCAUAACUUAUAAAUGGUAAAUAGACCAUUUAUAAAUGGUAAGCAGAUAGUUUAUUAAUGUUUAAUCAUCAUUUAUAAAUAGCAUUUAGACCAUUAAUAAAUUGUAAAUUUUACAAUUUUGAAAACCUAACCCUAACCCUAACUUUAGAAUAACAUUCAAAGUAAUGUUUAUAGAUGGUUUAAAAACCAAAUAUUAACCAUUUACAAAGCACCACUGACACCCAUUUUGCUCUAGAUGUUUUACAAUCAAUAUUUAGACCCUUUAUAAACCUUUAAUAAAUAGUCCAUUAAUAAUUAAUGAAAAUUAUUAAUCAUAAUUUCAUUGCUUGGUAAUGGUUAAGUAACUAUUAACUUACAUUAAUACAUUAUCUAUUUGCCAUUUAUAGUUGGUCUAAAUGCUGUUUUUAAAUAAUGCUUAAACAAUAAUAAAAUAUCUAUUUACUAUUUAUAAAUUAUGGUUAUUGUAAAGUGUUACCAUGCUUUUACACCAAGAAAGUUAUUCUGCAGCUGUGUAAGCCCUUCCUCUAUUGAGUUACUGAUUUUAAAUUUCAGUUGCAUUGGUAAACAUAAUAAUUUGUUAAUUAUUUUGUAAAUGGUUCUUAGCCCUAAUACAACACAACUUUUUCUACCUACCAGCAAUGAUUAAUUUGCAGCAUUUUUUUUUCACUAAAAUAAAUUGAAUUGAAUGAAUGCUCCUAAAGCUAAAGGAUGAAAAUAACUCAAGUUAAGGUGAAAUUUAACACAGCUACACACAUAAAUCAUGCACUCACACCUCUUGGAUCGAGUCCAAAGUAUGAUAAGUGUCUACACUCUGACUUUUGGGGGGAAAAAGACCUGUUAACAUUGUGUCAUGAUAGCAAUCUUUAAUUUGUGGAACAUAUAAAAGAAGAAUGACAGGUUAAUUAUGUGCUGAGUAAAUAGACAGGCUGUUGCUCGGUCAUUACCCAUGGUUCUGGGUCGAGGAUUAGUUCAUACCUGUGUUUUCUGGGUUUCAGCCAGAUUAUCAAAAAGCUUCGUUUUAACAUAACCAUGUUGCCCUGUAAAGAUCAUUAAAGGAAACACUAAAGGUGAUAUUCCUCAAUGAGGCUGAAGAAGGAUGAACAAGCCUGUUAGAUGGUGAAUUUGAAGGACAAUGAUUCCUCACUUGAAACCAUUGGUAAAAUUGGUCAAUAUUGGACCUCUAUUAGAUAUUAAAUUGUCGUCCACAUUUGUACUUCAUUUGGACGUGUGCAGAAUGAAAAAAAACUUAUUCUGCUCCUCCAGAUGACCUGAUUUCGAUGGCCAAUUUUGACCGCAAUUGCAUGUCAUGUCAACAUCCGAUUUGGACGUCCAUAAGAGGUCAGAAAUGGACGUCGAAAUGACUUCCGAAAAAGAUGUCAAAAAAACGUUCAUUCUGCACCUUCAGGAAACGUGAUUUAGACGUCGAAAAUUUUGUUAUAUUGACGUCAUUUCGACGUUGCAUUGCGCAGUGGGUUGUCUUGGUUUGUAUCACAGCUGGUUUGGGUUUCUUAAAGCUGUGGUUUGGCUGCAGGUUAGGUUCCAGGUUAGCUGCAGUUCAGCUAAACCUGUGCUGUUUUUUCAAAACGCAACCAGGUCCAGUUUAACAUUUCCACUGUUGGAAAUCACUGCAACUUAGCUUGACAGCUAGGGGACAGCACUCUUAAAAAAAAUUACAAAAAGCCAAAAACAAAAAAACAAAACAAAAACGAAAACAAAUGGGGACAGACAUGGGGAUGACAUGAAACAUCACUCCCUGGCUUGAAUUAUCAUUAGGAUGUUGCAAAAACAGUAUGAGGUAUGUGUCUCAACCACGAGACCACUAGGACUUCCCGAUUAAUGAAAUGUUUCAAAUUAUAAUGCUGUGGAGGUUUUGGAAAUUUCCAUAAUUAUCACCAUUAAACCAUAAAUAUCCACCACCACAUUCAGAUUUGUGUCACCACUCUCAGGCUAUUCGUUAUCACAGUGUUGAUUUAUUUAAGCCUCUCCUUCCUGUUUAGAUUUUGUUGUCAGUUAUCUUAUUUCAUUUAGCACGGUAUUCCAUCUGUGGUUUGAAAAAAGUGCAAGCCUUGAUAUUUCAGUGGGGCAUAUAGAACACUUGAACAUUUGUAUCAUAUAUUCAGGGUCAUAAACUACAAAAGGAGAAUGACACAUACACGUGCAGAUCCACAUGUGCAUGCACUCACACACACUUGCUCAGCAGCUGUGCACAAGGCGCCAUAAAUCUCUUUGCGGAAAGGCUGACAAAUCAGUUUCAUGGAAGAAAGUAACAUGACACUCUUUGACAUUCUCCUCAAAGCACCAGGUGUUCAUGUAUGUGAUCCUUGCCUCUGAGCCAGGUGUGUGUGUGUGUGCAUGUGUGUGUGAUCUAUGGUGGUCAAAAAGAUUAUUUGUGUUGAGUUCAGUGAAGGCCAAAGCUAGCAGGAGAGCACGGCCAUAUGCUUCUCAUUACAUGUAAGUGCCUGCCUCGUUCAGGAGGAACAAGAGCCCUCAGAAAAAGAGAAAGAGGGAGAGGGAGGGAGAAGAGGAUGGCAAACAACGAUCACUGACCAGGGCUGAUUAGACAACCUCUGUUCUGACCACAAAUACCCAAAAAGAUUUGAAAAACUGGGUCCAAAAGUUUAUUUCAAGUAUGCUCUUGUUAUGGUCAGUUUACAGAUGAGCAUAACUCUGUACUCAGGGCUGUCAUCUUCAUAUUUUGAGCAGGAGAACUCUGAUAAACACAGCUUUGUUAAGAGUCCUUUUAGUCAGAGAAACAUUAACAAUUUCAUCAUUCAGACCUUUUGGAAUAUUGUUGGAAUUUGUACUCUAGAAAACACUUGUAAGACUCUAUGAUGGAGAUGAUUUAAUGCCACACUACUGGUUACCAAAGGAGCAAGUCUUCGUCAAGCUUUUGAUUUGAAAGAAAGUUAAGUGGUGAGAGAAAAAACAACAAACAUGUUGUGCAAUACUUCUCCCCCCUUACUCCUCUGAUUCCCUCUCAUUGUUUCUUCCAGCCUGUCUCUCAUUUAUCACAUUUUUCCUCCGUCUGUUGGUUAACCCUUAGAUAUCCGAGUGAACUACUGCUACACCAAGUUUGAAAAUGGGCGCUGCCAAGCUCCGAAGCCUCAAAACACGUCCAAGGAAGUGUGCUGCUGCACUGGAAUGCCUGGUCAAGGCUGGGGAGACCCUUGUGAAAUCUGCCCCACCAAAGGACAGGGUGCGCCCUCUUCAUAUCUCAUUGACACACACAUUCACAUGAUAAUAGUGUUGGAGCUGUAUUCAUGACUUUUUCAACCUUAUGCUUUCAGAGGCGUACUCUCUUCUCUGUGUCAAGGAGGGAUAUCAACAGGGGACAGACGAUAAUCCAAAAGGUGUGUGUAUUAUGAACACUGAAUCUUUUCUGUUCCGUUUGCCAAUCACAAGUGUUGGGUGUUAUUCACAUGGUGUUGGUGUCUCUUUCACUACAGAUGUUGAUGAGUGUCUCAAUGACCCUUGCACAAACGGCCAGUGUAUUAAUACAGAUGGCUCUUUCCGCUGUGAAUGUCCCAUGGGAUACCGUCUGGACCUGAGUGGAGUCACAUGUGAAGGCAAGUUUAACCUCUGUUUUGUUUUACUUUGUCUUCUCAUAUUUUUUUCCCUUGGUCUAACCUCCCCACUGAUUGAUUUAACUGAUAUUUGUCAUUAUACAAUUAAACCAUCUGUACAUGAUAAAGUUUCUGAAACUUUUUCCACAGACACUAAUGAGUGUGAGAUUGGUAAUCCCUGUGGCAACGGAACAUGCACAAAUGUCGUCGGCGGGUUUGAGUGCGCAUGUGAUGAUGGCUUUGAGCCUGGACCAAUGAUGACCUGUGAAGGUAUAAGAAGUUAGAUCUGCACACUCAAGUCUAUCAUACAUUCUCUGUGAACCUGUUCUAUGACUAUAAGUCGUUGUCCUCUGUUACCUCUUCAGAUAUCAACGAGUGUGCCUCGAAUCCUCUGCUGUGCGCCUUCCGCUGUGUUAACGUAAUGGGCUCGUACGAGUGCAAAUGUCCCACUGGUUAUGUGCUGCGUGAAGACAGGAGGAUGUGUAAAGGUACCACAGAUAGAUGACUCAUGCACACACUCAGCUGUAUAAGCCAUGGUCCAUUUACUGGCAAGUGUUAGAAAAUAAACCAAUUACCUCAUGGAGACAUGGUCUCAUCCAUAAAGUUACAUAACGCACUAUCUCUGAUCCUCUGUCUCUGAUGAACUUAAAACACUCUCUGGAAACAGUAACUGGCAGAGUCACUGUUUACACCUACGCUCUCUGAGAUAGCCCCAACACCAUGGCAACGGUUGUAUUUGGAGGGAAGUGCAGAAACAGGAGGAACUUGUAACUGUCUGUAGCCUCUCUGUUUAUAUUAGCGUUCCAAACACAUCACGGACCCUCUUACUACAUGUCUGUUAGCACUAAAGAGCUCAAAGAUAGGAUUGGGCAGUUACUUCAAACUGUGGAGUGCUGCUCAAGUGUCUGUGUUACAUCACUGGUUGAGUUGCAUUCACGUGGACUUCUCUUUACUUUUUUGUCCCCUUGCUAAGUUGUUAUUGUGUUUGUUUGUUUUUCUAGAUCAGGAUGAGUGUGAGGAUGGUAUAGACGACUGUGCCAGCAGAGGCAUGACCUGCAAAAAUCUGAUUGGUACAUACAUGUGCAUCUGCUCGCCUGGAUACACACGUGCGCCCGGCGGGGAUGGUUGUAUGGGUAAGAUCAUCCCAUAUAGAUCUUAACUGUAUGAAUUAAUAAACUGUCAUUCUGUUUCAUAGCCUCAAUUCUCAGCCUUGGAUGAAAUCAACCUUCAUGAUAACUUUGUCUCGUUAGUUGAUAACCUCUCUUUACAUUCAGAUCACAGCAAAAUAGCUUUUUGACACUUCUUGAUCCCCUAAAUUAACUGAGCAUAAUCUCCUAACAGUCAAAUUUAUCAACCCAUGUUAAUGAAUUCGUAUGUGAAAACAGUGGCCUAAAAAAUUUGGGCUGCUCGGUUUGACCUCUAGCUUCUUCACACCAAACCAAGCAUGUUUAGCGGCAUAUUCACAAGAACUUUUUUUUCUAACACUGUCAUUUACAAUGUGUAUAUCCAUCUCAGAUCUGAAUGAGUGUGCAGCCAAACCAGGCAUCUGUAAGAACGGCCGUUGCGAGAACACAGUGGGGAGCUACCGCUGCAAAUGUGACAACGGAUUCAUAGCCAACCCCACGCAGACUGAAUGUAUUGGUAUGUAAAUUGCUCUUCACUUAAAUUCUGUUUUAAUUCCAUUUUUCUCAGCUGCAUCUUCCUGUUAAGUGCCCGCCUUUAGGAAAUGAAGUUCUAACUCAGAACAGAAUAUAAUAAUCUGCCUCUAUAUUUCAUACAUCCAUCCCUGACGUUAGACAUCUGAAAGGGAUAUAAUGCUCUGACAGACUGUUCAGGAUACCAACAAAAAAAGAAAAAAGAAAUGAUGUAAACUAUAGAAAUGUGUCUUUCCCUCUGACUUUUUUCCUUAACCUACUGAGUGUGUCAAAAUCUUUUUAGCCCAUAAAGUUUAAUAGCACAGAUGAAUGAAUUUUAUAUUUAAAUGUACAUGUUUUGUAUCUUGGUUAACUCAAGAAAAGCAGUCUUCCGUGUUAGUCUUCACAGUCUCAUUAUAAAAACAUGUCUGUUACUGUAAAGAUAGAGGCAAGGAAAUCCUUUUAGAGCCUUCCUCCCUAAUCUAAAUAUAUACUUUUGGAUAGACGCAAUGUCCCGAAUGCGGUCUGUAAAACUCUGUCUGAAAAGGGUGAGAAAAUCUCAGGGGAGACUCUGUAAGCUCUGAGGCUCUAUGACUAUCUCACUCCUUACAGACAGUAGUGAUAGAGCAGUGAGGGUUAUCUAUAUAUGUCUGGUUCUCUUAGACCAGGUCCUGUCUGGGUGGUUUGGUCUGAUUUCCUGUGGACCACCUCUCCUGUUGUCAGUUUGUCUGGCUCUCACGUUCCUUUUUCUCCCUUUUCCUUUCCUUCCAGAUAACCGUUCAGGUUUCUGUUUCACUGAAGUUCUGACCACACUGUGUCAGAUGAGCUCCAGUAAUAGGGCCACGGUGACCAAGUCAGAGUGUUGCUGUGAUGGAGGCAGAGGCUGGGGCUCUAACUGUGAACUCUGCCCACUGCCUGGGACCACCCAGUACAAGAAGAUGUGUCCCCUGGGGCCUGGGUACACCACUGAUGGCAGAGGUAUCUGACUUGAGAUUUAAUCAAAUAUUUAUGAAAUUUGAGAACUGAAAAUUACAUUCAACUAUUAUUGUUGCUGAUAAUGUCAAAGACAGUGUCUCUAACAUUGCCUUUGGUUGAAAAGAGUGAACGGGUUACAUUCAACAAACAACAAGACCAACUGGUUUCUCUUUAUUUCAGUAGCUUGCAGCAGAAAGAUGGAUUGAUUUUGAAAACCUCCUCUGGUUUUCAUCAAGCUGCAGCUUAAAUUUGAAAGUUUGCCUGCAGAAAAACAUUGCAAUCAUUAGCUUUGAUAUCAGCAGAUCAAAUCCUGAAGACAAAUGUAAAAAUGAAGUUUGAUCUUUUGUAUUAGAAUAUGCUUGUUUGUACAGACCAUACCUGCCAUUUUUUUAAAAACAGAUGGUUCUCACACACAACUGCACUGGUACCCUAACAGACACCAAAGCUUUGAAUUGUUUAAACAAUUCAUUGUUGGAUCAACUCAGCAAGUCUUAACUUCUGUAAGUCUCCCAGUUAAUAUCCUGCUUCAAAACCCUGAAGAUGAAAUGUUGCUUGAAAAGCAGCACAUCAAUAGUUCUGCUUGGUUGAUUUGUCAGCUGUAGUUUGUACACAUGGAAACACUAACAUGGUUCUUUAAAUUAGCUGUGUUGGGUGUUAAAUGAGCAGAUGGUUGUCAUCUGUUGUAAUAACUGCAAAGCAUUGAUUUGUACUGACAAGGGGAAAAAAAUCAAUGCUUUGCAUGUGGCUUGAUACUUGACACAAGACUGAUAAAUAGCUAAAUGUGAGCAGAACAAUUUUUCCCUGAGGUUGGGCGGAAUUAGGGCAAACAGCUGUUUUUCACUAUUAAAAUCCAGGUCUUGGCAGAUAAAUCUCUCGGAGGAAUCCAGACUUAAGGCGCACACUCCUAUUCCUAAUCAGUUAUUCAACUGGUAAUUCACUUGUGAUGAGUUUUUCUGGAGCUUACUUCAUUUUUUUCUCCCCAGAUAUUGAUGAGUGUCGUGUGAUGGGAAACUUGUGCAAGAACGGUCAGUGUGUCAACUCCUUGGGUUCUUAUACCUGCACCUGCAAACCUGGCUACACCAAUGACAUCAGCAGCACACAGUGUGUGGGUAAGGUUCAUUUUCACCUUCGAUUUACACUUAAUGAACUCUUUUCCUACCAUACCUACCUCCAGCUCUCAUUCCUGCUGUCUAGUAAAGAGGUGAAACUACGUGGGUGGACAGCCCACAUUCCCCUGAAAAAUGCAGCUCAAGUCUGUCCGUCUCAUCAUCUCCCCAUAUGGAAUUUCUGCUCAGGAUAAACUUUCUGUCUCUGUCUCUCACUCUUUCUGUCUCACCCUCUACUAACUCACCGUCUCUUUUCUAGAUGUGGAUGAGUGCAUACAGGCACCAAAGCCUUGUAACUUCAUCUGCAAGAACACAGAGGGAGGCUAUCUCUGUUCCUGCCCCCGUGGAUACAUCCUACAAGAAGACGGGAAGAGCUGCAGAGGUGACACACACGCAUAUCAGUUUCAAAACUUUAAGACAAAGCAUUUGUCGCACUUAGAUACAGUUGUGCUCAGAUUUUUUGAGCUCCAUUGCAUGCUCUUGCGAAUGAGAAGGACGCUUCUCCUUUGAGGACAAGCAGCAGGUACUUGGCCGUGGGACAAAUUUCCCUCUGCAGACGAUAAAGUUUAAGUAGAAGUUCUUGCUUGACUUGGUUUCCAGGUUAGAGCAGCUGUUGUGCUGAGUGGGCCGGGCCCUCUGCCAGUGCUCUGCUCACUGUCCCAAGACGCUCCAUUUGGCCUGCUGUGUCCACAUGCACGUGUUAGCUCUUGAACGUGUACCCUACAUCCAGAGACUGUGAAACACUGCAUCUGGCCCAGUUGCUGUUUAUCUGGCUUGUUUGUGAGUCUAAACAAGCGUGCACAUAGUGUUCAGAUUUUGGGACUCCUUUUAUCUUUAUUUACGUUUAAGGUUUCCCCCUCCACAGUUCCCCUCAUUGUUUCCGGUGUCUGGUUCAUUUGUAGUUCAUUUGUAGGUCAGUGACUGUAGAAGGACUGGAAUUUGACUCACAGAAAAGAUCAGCCCCCAAACAGAGGUUCAGACAGUGAUCCGACACAGACCCACCCCAGAAUUUUGAAAGCACAAUAACUACCAAAGAGGUCAAGCCAGUAUGCUAAUGAACUUUUUCUUUCACAGACCUGGACGAGUGUUCGACCAAACAGCACAACUGUCAGUUCUUAUGUGUCAAUACCAUCGGUGGGUUCACCUGUAAAUGUCCUCCUGGCUUUACCCAGCAUCAUACUGCCUGCAUUGGUAAGUAAACACAUGAACGUACAUUUGUUAGGUAUUCAAAUACACUUGGAUUUGUAAAACUCUUCACACAGCUGUCUGACAUUCCCAAAAAGCAACCAGCUUCAAACUUGACUUCUCUCCAGUGUUAUAUCCUAUCAAAUUCACACAUGCUCUCUAAGGUUGUAUUUUCUCAUGGUAUUUCCCAGCCCAGGAUAUUCUCAAGGACUAUCUUGUCAAACCUUUACUCACUCUUGUUUAGACGUAAUGGACUCCGGCUGAUAUCACACUGAUCUUAUUAGGCUGGACUGGUCAGGAGUCAUGGCAGCUUAGCAUCGCUUUGUUAUGGAACGUUGCAGUAGAGCGCCAUGACUACCGAAAACAUUAUUUUCCAGACUAUAAAGCAGCUUCUAUGACCUCACAUCAAAUUAGGGACAGGGAACCCUUUUUUAAGUUUUAACGAAAGGAAUAUUCCCAGACAAAUGGCAUGGAGUAGGUGUGGAUGUGUUUUUAAUGUUGGACUAGGCUCCAUGGUGGUGACAUGGAGCACUUGUUGAACCCAUGCUUCCAAAUGUAACACCCAUACUCCUUCACGGCACGUGCCUGUUGGCCAAAACAUCAUUAUUGAAUAAGCACUUUCUCAGAAGCGUUUUAGACACAGUUUGGAGGUUCUUUUCAGAAAACCCCAAAUCUCCUCCUUUGUGCUGCUGCCAUAAGAAAGAGUGUCCUUAUCCAGUUUAAUAACAAUAAUCCUUCAUUUAAAGCAAGCACAUGAUGGUGCUUAUAAAGAGAAGGCUUUCCUGCUAUGCUAAGUCCUGUGUUAAGCAAAAAUUUUAAAUGAAAAAGUUUUAGGUACACAGCAAUAGAAACUUUUAAAAUCUGCUCAUUGAUUAAAACAGGCAUCUCCACUUUCAUCUCAAUUGCAUGAUACCAUCAGGCACAUGAUUGUAUUCUGUUUUUUAUAGAUUUUUGUCACAUAUCUGUGUUGGAAAUUAAUUUGACUGCAGAAUCACAUCACUUCCUUGUUCCCAGUAAGAGUAAAGCUUAUGUUCUUAUAGUUUUUACGCCUUUAGUAAUAAGUCCUGAAAAACAAUACACAGAAGUAGAGUAAAAACGUUGAACCCUUGUAAACAGCAGUGCUCCUAAUGUCAAGGAAAGUCAGAAGAUAAAAACAAACAAUACAGAAUAGAAUGAAAAAUACAGUACGUACAACAGGUGUAAUGUAAGAGGCCUUCUCUGGGAAAAGCUCACAAGUGGAAAUCCAGUUAAAAUGACUUUAUCAAAUCACUAAUGCUUCAUGUUUUAGUAUGAGAUUAAAUCAAUGACCAAGAGAAUUCUGAGUUUGUGUCAGCUGAGGUAACUUAAGCCAACAGUCCAUCAUGUCCUGACCUUUUUUGACACUCCAAUCUUAGCUGUCCCCAAAUUCAUGGGUGACUCAUCAAAUCCAAAUUGGGGCUAUAAUCAGCCUUUGUAUAAUGUUUCCUGUGUAACCCUUGUCUGAACCUCCUCUCCUCUCAAUGUAGACAACAAUGAAUGCGCAUCAGACCCCAAUCUGUGCGGCUCCAACGGUGUCUGCCAGAACACUCCGGGAAGCUUCAACUGCGAUUGCCAGCGAGGGUUCUCAUUAGAUCCGAACGCACAAACCUGUGAAGGUCUGCAAACAAUUCAUCCAAAACUCAAGUCUCAACUCAUUCAGCGCAGAAAAUAGUUUAUUUAUGUGAAUGUUUGUUCUUGACAGAUAUGGAUGAGUGUGAUGGUAACCACAGGUGUCAGCAUGGCUGUCAGAACCUCGUGGGUGGAUACAGGUGCAGCUGUCCACAAGGCUACCUGCAGCACUAUCAGUGGAACCAGUGCGUGGGUGAGUAAUACCACUGCUCUUUUUAUCAGCAAAUAUCAAGAUUCUUUCCUUUACAGGCAUCCUGGUUCUUGGUUGACAAAGUAUGUACCAUGCAGCCUCUAUGUUCUGGGUUAGGGCUUGGCCUGGAGCCUUUUUUUAAACAAGUUAUCCAUCCUUCAUCUUUUUCCUGCCACUCUUUGAAUAUAAAUACAUCCAAAGUGUUUUCCUUUCCCUUAACCCUGCUCUUAUUGUGGUAAGGUCAUGGGAAAAGGAAAUGAUAUGUCAAGAAUAAAUGCCCGACAUCCUCCUUUAAAACCUGACAAACAUCUGCUUUGUUUACAAUACUAUGUAUGCACACUCAAUUAAUAAAAAGACAUGAAAAAACAGGAACUGUAAGGGGAACAAAAGAGACCUAAGGAGGCUAAUGGAAAUAUCUCACUUGAACAGAGUAGAAGGAUAAUGAAGGAGAGGUAAUAUGGAAUAAAAACUAGUUCAGCCAGAGAUAAAAUACAGAUUGUAUGGUAUUAUGCCCCUCCAUGGAUACUUCAAAAUAACAAGCUUCUGUUUGUUAAACCUCUGUUUGGAGCUUGACCGUUACCCGGCACUUACACUCAUGGCAGACUUUCCCAGUAUUGUUUGUGCCCUUUAACUGGAAUGACCUCUUUGUUUGUAUUCUUCCCGUCAACUUCCUGUCACCCAGAUGAGAACGAGUGCCUGAACAGCCAGAUCUGCGGUGGGGCGUCAUGUCACAACACUCUGGGGAGCUUCCGCUGCCUCUGCCCCACAGGCUUCAACUAUGAGCAGACGAACGGCGGCUGCUCGGACAUCAACGAGUGCUCCACCACCCAGAACCCCUGCAAGUUUGGCUGCUCCAACACGGAUGGUGGUUACCUCUGCGGAUGUCCACCCGGUUACUUCCGUGCAGGACAGGGGUACGUCAGUAAAUGCUGUGGUGUGAAAACUUGUUGAGAAGAUGUUUCUGGUCGACUGACGGCUCGGUCAAUGUUUUUAGGCACUGUGUCACAGGUCUUGGCUUUACCAGCGGGGGCACCGGCACUGAACAAGGAGGUGAAGACGAGGAGAACUCUCUGUCUCCUGAGGCCUGCUAUGAGUGUAAGAUAAACGGGUAUCCCAAGAAGGGACGCAAACGCCGCAGUGCAGGUUCAACACAGGAGGAAGAUCCUCAGGAAGACAAGCAGGUACAGAAAGAAGGGUCGGCCAACUGAUGUAUGUGUGUGGUCCAAGCAGGGGUUUUACUGGCUUAUUUCAGUCAUUUUUGACCCAGUAUGCAAAUUGGGUGAAAAAGUGAAAAACAAGAAGGCAACCACAUUAAUCUUCUGUGUUGUGUUGCAGUUUUAAGAAAGGCCUCACAAGAUGAUGUGCUUUUGGUUCUGUGUCUUACAUUCACUUCAUUUAUAAGCACUAUGUUUGUAUUCUGCAGCUGACUGAACAGGAGACGAUCAGUUUGGCCAGUGUGGACGUUGAGGACAUCCUGCAGUUCCACCUAAACAUCAGUGACCUUAGCACCCGUGACCACAUUCUGGAGUUCACCCCAGCGUUAUCCACCCUCAGCGACCACGUGCGCUACAGCAUCGACUAUGGAAAUGAAGACGGCUACUUUAAGAUCAACCAGAGAGAGGGUGUCAGCUAUCUGCAUCUGAACAAGAAGAAGGCCCUCCCACCCGGGGCGUACUCCUUGCAGAUCAGCAGCAUGCCGCUCUUUAGGAAGAAGGAGCUGGCUGAGAUGGAGGACCGGCACGAUAAAGACUACCUCACAGGACAGCUGGGAGACAUACUGAAGAUGAGGGUGCAGAUUAUCCUCCAUUAACCAUCAUGAGACUGAGACAGGCAGAUGUUGCUGGGAGCUGCUGAUCCAGCGUCAGGCUCACACUUCCCCAAAGGCCAAACAUCUCUGACUCUGGAUCAGUGGUUAGGAACAACUUCUCCAUAACUGCUUGCUCCAACAAGGAGAAGAGCUCGCCACCAAAGAGACAAGAAGGGGGUGGGGGGGAGGGACUGCGUCAUUUGAUUGCCAAAGAUGGUUCUACAUGUCAUUAAUACAAUUUCUGGGGAAAAUGCCAGCUGAAUGGUGUGGUAUGAAAGAUUUCAGUGAAAUGAAGAGCAUAUUGUCUAGACACACAACACAAGCUUUGUGGGAAGCACUAUUUAUAGUGUGAAUGCCUUUCAGUUGUGGGGUUUUAUGUUGUAUGAUGAUAUGUGGAAUCAGGUGCCACUUUGCGGAGCAUGAGGACUGCAGGAAACUCCAAAACAAGAGUUUUUAAAGAACUCAGUUUAGGUGGAAGAAGAGGGUGAGUCCCAAUAGUCUGAAUAAAUUCAUUUUCCUCCCCUCCGGUGAAUGACUGAACAACCCUUGAUACAUGAAAGUAAACCCAUUUUCCUUUGCUUGAUGUUAAUUUAUGGAGUGAAACUUUGAAAAGAAGGUUAUGAGAACAGUUAGGAGAGGAAAGGAACCCACUAUGGACUAUUGAGAUGUAGCCAUGUCUGAGCUUGAAUGACUUCUACUGCAUAUUUAAACUAUGCUUUUCAAUCUUUUCUACUGACUAGAAUAUUUCAUAUUUACUGGUGCUAGCAACACAACCACAUAGACUUCUGAAUGCACUGUACUACUAUACAAAACUCUGUAGUCAACAAAAACAAUCCCAUCGGCCAUUCUGAAGAUUUCACGUCUUUGCAACAGUAACAGCUAGCUUCGUAGCCUGUCCGCUCUCCUCUAUACUACAUGUAAAUUGUGUUUAUACUGUAAUAAUCGAUGCCACUUUUAAUCUAUGAAGCAUUUGUAAACUAGAGGAAGCCCCUGGAAUAGAGGGGUUUGUAAUGGUGCUUAUAAUGACCAACUACUUCCUUUGUAAACUGUGUAUACAUACACACACCUGCACACACACACACACAAAACACACAUUGAUGAUGCCAAACCUGGGCCUUCAUGAUUAUGCACUGAGGUCUUCGUGGCCACACAUUCUCUCACAAGUACAAUCAGUGCUGCAUUGCCACAGACCAGCCUGACACCAGUCUGUGUUCUCUGUUCACAUCAGUGAGGGUUUAGUUGUACAUUCACAAUAAAAACAUAUUUUUGGUGUUGAUGUAGUCACUCCUCUUUCCCCUCACUCAAAUGUAAAUAUGAGCCAUUUUCUUCCCCUUGUACAUCUCUGUUAUGUUAAAGCCAGUAAAAUUGGGCCUUUAAUAUACUUUAAAAAAAUGGCCGAAACAGUAAUGGAACUGGGUUGAAAACUUGGGGUUUACUCAUUAGACUCCAAUGUUUCCUUGACCUGCACUGCCCC